AUGUCAAAUCAGGCAGCUGAAAUCGAAAUGGCCUUAUCACAGCCAAAACUUCCAGCUAUUGGCGAUUCAAGAAAUCUGGUUUCGCAGCCUUUGUCUACCGCUCAUGAAGAUUUGAACAAUGGCAUUAAUCGAGAGAGGUCGUUUGAGCUAAGGUCUAAAAGCAGUGGUGAAUUGGAGAAUGAAGAUGUCAAGCUUUUAUUCCAACUAGUGUCACGGAGGUUUGUCAACGCUUUGCAACAGAAUACGAAACAAUCUUGGCUUGACCUUUGCCAAGUAUUGGAUGUUGUGAAGCCUUAUGCGCACUUCCUUGCUGGAUCUCCACAAAUAGUUCAUUAUGUCGAGCGAGCAUGUCAAAAAAUUCAAGAAAGUCAGGAUGAGGGAGAAUCCACCUUUCUCUUGGAAAAACUUUGUGCUGUUUUUCCAGCUGAAUUUUCACUUGUCCAGGAUGGUGCUCGACCAAAAAAUGUCCAAUUCCCAGCUGGAUCAUCGGAAGAAAGCCUUUUUACACCAAGAGGUCAACACGCACCUUUGUCUAAAGGUGUUCGAAUCCCCCGUGGUGAGCCAUUAUUUCCUGGGGGCACUACUUACACCUUUGACAAAACAGAUGGUGAUAUGACGAGCUAUGGACCUAAGCCUUUGUGUCUGGAAGAUUUAAAAAGAUCUCUUCCCAGUGUGGUACGAGAAAUAGCUUUUAGAGAGGCAACUUUGAGAGGUUCACUGGGAACAACAGCGCUUGCACUGGACACAGAUUUGCCGCAAACACGGGUACCAACUCCACCACUGACUCCAAGGAGAUCUCCCAGUGUACCUAUUAUAAAAACACCAAUCUCAGAAGCAGGCUGCAUUUCACAACUAAGUGAAUCAAAGAAAUCUAACUUGCCAAAGACUGGCAGGGAGGUAGUGGAGUGUUAUGUUAAAGGUCGUUUCCUCGGGGAAGUAAAGUUUGCUUUCUUGAAUAUUGCACCUUCUGUGCGGUAUGAUCCGUACAACCUUGUGGUGGUUCCUGAGAACAAAGUCAAACCAGAGCAUUAUGUGAUUUCAUCAUAUUGCAUUUUGCAUGUAAAUCCUUUUGGACCAUCAGAGUCUCAGUCACUGGCUGAGUGGUACAGAGAAGCUUGUUUGUUCAAAGCAAUUUCAAGUAUUGGAUUUUUCAAAAACUAUCUCACAACCAAGAUGUUUCGGAAAUGGAAGGACAUUAAAAAGUUAAGUCACUUUCUCAAAGUGGAAUCAGCAGUUGAGAGAUCUCUCAUUUCAAAUGUUCCUAGCUUUGGUUCAGCAUUGCUUCGAAUCUCCAGCCUUCUCCAAGACUUGGAAAAGAUCACUUUCCUUCCCUUCCAAGUCAAUUUUUCUUACAGUUUGGAAGAGUUUGAGGAUACUGUUUUUAGAACUUGCAACAAAGGAUACCAGUACAUGGAGAAGUUUUUCAAUUACUGCCAAAUGAUUGUUGAUAAAACUCAAGAGAGCUGCUUUGAAUAUCUGGAGUAUUGUGAAGGUCAAGUUAAGAACCACCGGCAUAAUUAUCAUGAAUCUCUUGCAGUUGGCAAAAGAAAGAGAGCAAUAAGGCAACAGAAUCUCAAACUUGCACGAGAUGAGGUCAGAAGACUUGGCACUUUUGUAAGCCUAGUGGAUCACAUUAUUGUGUCAAAUCUUUUGACAUUAACCCAAGGAAAUAUUUCUAGAUUUGUCAAUGAAACAAUGCCUGGGCCACGACCUGAGAGGGAAGGCCUUUUUAGUGCUGAAAUUGUGUUUGGAGAUGAUCAUAAGCUUAUGCUAUCACCAUCUGUCAAGCAGUUUGCACAUGCUGUUGACUUUGCUGUGAGAAGUGUGAUCAGUGCGAGCUGCAAUCUUUCACAUGCUAUGGAGUUGGGACAAAGAGCACAAGCAUUUCAGGAGAAGGCAGAGAAAAAUGGUGCUGAGGAAGGCAGCAGUGAAGAUGAUAGUGCCAAAUUGAAUGGUUCUGUUACAGUUGAAAGUGUUUACACUAAAGAAAAAAAGGAAGAUGGGGAUAUUGAGAAUCUCAUAGAUGGCAAAGAUUCAAAAAUAGUGCUGACUGGACAGCAACCUGUUUCACAUGCCACAACAACGAUCAUGGUAAGAGCUUACCACUAAUGUUACCCAAAACAACUUAUUGCAAUAUACCGGUAUAUUUAUGUCUAGACCCAUUUGCAAUGGCUUCACUAUUAAUAGUUGUUUUCCCAUUCCAGCCUAUGUAAUAUUCUGAAGGGAUUUUUCCUUUGUCGUUUUUAAAAAUUUAAAAGAAUAUUAUUGGCCUUAAGGAUAGCGCUAACAGCACAUGGUGUUAAAUGGGUAGUAUACACAAACAACCCAAGCUAAAAUUGUCUCUCCAAAAUAAUCAAAAGGGUGCCUAGAAUAAAGCCCUAAGUGAUUUUUGAUCAACUGCUAAAGUCUGCCUUCAACUUGCCUUGUAUUAUGAAUGUUAAUCAAGGAGAGAAUGUGGUAUUAGCUCAAAAGGUGCUUUAGCACCUUUAAUUCCAUGCACUCUUUCUUAAAUAUUUAUUUAUUAUUUCAUUUAUUUGUUUGAACAUCCAUUUGUUAUCAGACAUUGUACGAGAUAAAUAAUGAAGUAAAAUAAUUAAAAAUUGUUCUUCUGAGCCCCCAAUAGUUUCAACGAUUUACUGGAAGUGUGUUAAUUGUGAAUUUCCCUUCAACCUGAUUGGCAAGUAGACAAUGGAUUUUUUAACAGGCCGACCAUAGCGUGCAUUUGAAUCCUGACACACAGCUGGGGGGUUAGAACAAGGAUUUCGGUGCUGGCUCACAGAUAGACCAAACCAAAGGUUCAGUUUUGCCUGUGGCACAGGCUGAAUGAAACACCAUCAUGGCUGUGUUUGUACUAAUUCUUUUCAGACUCAUUUUGUGGAAGAACCAGACACAUUACACAGUGAUAGUUCAAUCACAAGAACCGAUGGAGAGAUCAAUGAAGACCUGGAUGGUUUGAAUUCUGAUCUGCUGAGUGCUAGAGACAUGAAAGAGGUAUCAGGACAGGAACUGUGUCUUCACCAAGAUCACUCAGGGGGAUUACUGGUGGAAGGGCAGAGGUUUCAGGAUUUUGCUAUUGACAGGAGUCCUUUGACUAAGGAAAAAAUGAUGCAUAUCAUGUACAAGAAGUAAGAUAUCUCAGCUACAAUUUAUUGCUAACUCCAGUUGGUUUGUAUUGUUAAAGGGUCAGCAUGCCAGACGUGCUAUCCAAGAGAACCUCUGAAGGGGGAGAGGGGAAUUUUGUGUACAAUUAAACUCAUCACCAAUAGAUGAGCUUGGGCGUUGGUGCCUACAAAUUUGGUGGAGCCGGGCAAUGCUCUAGCAUGAGCAGGAGGUAUCCAUGGCAACCCUGCGAGCGGCCCCCACCAGGCACCGUCACACUGAACAAUUCAGUGGAAUACUUACCGACCCAAUACUUACCUAGCCCACACCAAGAGGGAGGGAGGGAAAUGGGAAAAACCAAAGCACAAACUGGCACGCAAACAGCAAGCAAUUGCAACAACACUUUGCGAAGAACUGCAAGCAAGCAACUGCGUAUAUAAGUCACGAGGUGCCCCUGCUAGAGGCAUCGGGCCACCCCUACUAUAGCUGGGGAAACUGCUGACCAGCAUUGCUUUGAGGUUAACUUUGCAUAAAAUAUUACAUUUAGCCACAUUAAAUACCCAUAGUUCUCAGUAUUAUUGUUUUUACAUCUUAAGAAAUGUUGUUCCCACCUGGUUAUCAUCACGUACCUACCACAUACCAUGCUUUAUUUCUAAGGAUAUUUUUGGUCUGUUACAUCCAACAGCCAGCAGAUCAAACAAGGCCUCAUGUACCAGACACACCUUCUUGCUGAAGCCAGUAAGGAAGUGGAACUAUUUUGCGAUGAUCACACUUGGAUUGCUGAAAUCCAUGAGUUUGUGACAUCAUGGGGUGAUGGCCAAGUUGAAAACUGGAGAGGACAGCUAGCUAUCAAGAUUGAGGUAAACUGAAUAUAUUAGAAAUUUUUUAUUCAUUAGUGUAGUUUUCUCAAGAAGGCAAUAAGUGCAUGAGUGCCUUUGUAGCCUAAAACUCAAUAUUUCUAUGGUAAAUCAGUGACAAUCUCAAAUCUUAUAUUAAUUUUAUAAUAAACCAUUUUUUUACUGAUACAUACUGAUAUGUAAUAUGUAUAAUAUUGUUUAAAGUACACAUGUAGGUUGCGUAGAAUAUUUUGGACAAUAAUAGAGCUGUUUCUUUGACUUUUGCACUGCAGGUAUAUAUAUUUGUACCAUUAUAUAUCAGGUACCGCAUGCAAGUCUAGCAGACACCAUGUUCUUGAAGUUAAUUGCUAGCCACAUAGCUUUUGCAGUAAUCACCAAACGCGACAUAAACCCUCGUCUUGUCUGAUAGUGAACAUGUUCUUUUCUUCUUCACAGCAACAACUGAAUAAAAUCAAAGCUUGGAAGGAGAAAGUACUGAGUAUGACAAAGAGCUUCUGUACUGAAAAUGGAAUCUUCUUUGUGGACUGCCAUGAUGUCCAACAAAAACUUCUUCCACAACUUAACAGUAUAUAUAAAAAGAUGGUUCAAAUGGUGGCCUUAGAUGUCAUAAGGCUCUCUGAUGAGAUGGUGAAAGAUGUGGAUGAGCUCUCACAGGUAAAAACUUAUUGAAAGUAUAGUGUAAGCAAGCACAUCAUAAUGAGCAACAUUUUGUAAUUCUUGUAUUCAGGUGAAAGUACAUGUAUGGCAUUUAAAGUGUGAUUUCAUCUGCCUAAAAAUGUGCACAAUCCACCAUUCUUGAAGCAUUUCUUAAGAUUUGUAACAACAAAUCUUUAUUAUGCAAUAUUGCAUUUGCUGACUUGGUCUUUGAGCAGGUCUUAUUUGAUGAAUAAAAGUACAAUCAAGCUAAGUUGUAUAUUAAACUGGAUGCCUUGAACCUUAACUGAGGAGGUACAUCUGUAUGGAUCGAAUAUGGCCUGAAGUGACUCUGGUCAACUAAAAUUCUCUUUUUAUUAUUUUUCACAAGAAAAUGCAAGGUAAGUUGUAGGGAGAAUAUAGGAGUCAAUCAGAAGUCACUUGGGCCUUUUUUUUCAGGCACUAGCCCCCUUCAUUUUUUAAGUAGCAGGUUAUAUUACAGCAAAGUGGUAACCUCUACUUUGAGUGGUAACAUGAACAUCUCUUUUUGUUUUUCACACUACAGUUGUUGGCAGACCCAAAAACAGAUAUCAAGGGGUUUGCAGAUUUCAUGCAGAAGCUGUCAAUUGUCAAAGAACAUGUUCCACGUUUGAAAGAGAAGGUGGAGUACAUUAAAAACCUUUAUGAGGUGAGCAUUAGAUGGAAAAUGAUCUAAAAUCUUUUACUUUUUAUACAUGUAGGUGUUACAUAAAGUUUUUUCAAGGUAAUAUUCCACAUACACAAUACUACGUAAAUGGCUGUGAUGCUGACAUCAUACAUACAAAAUAAUAGAUUCACAGUUCUUAUGGUCAAGGUAACCUUCCUUUUAUACAGGAACAGGUGUUCUUUGUAGAAACUAGGCUGCUUGAAGCAGUCUAAGUGUAGAAUAAUUCAAAUUGUGGCUGUUGUCAUCUAGGUUACUGUAUUUUCCCUUAUGUCGGAAUUGACUAUAAUCUAAAGAUAGCGUGUGAUGUAUUGUCCUCCACACAACAUGACUCAGUUACAAGUCAAUUUGUCUCUUCAUUGAACUGUUUUUUAAUGGUGCAAAGGUUAUAAGAAGUUGUUACAGACAGCUAACUCCAGAAGAGGAAGUGAGUGAAGAAAAGGUAAAGCACUUAUCAUAAUAUUACAUCAAUUUGCUUUAUUAUAGUCCAAUAGUUUUUUUUUUCACACUUGCAAUUAUUUAACGUUCUUUCACACAUGGCAUUGACAUAAAUAUCAGAGUAUUUUUAGUGAAUGGAUAACUUGGACCAACAAAUGAGUUAUUUAAAGAUCUCCCAGCAAUGAGCCGUACAGUUCUAAAUUAAUGGGCUCCUGCUCCUCUUAAAUAGCAAGUGACAAAUGUCAUGGUGAUUACAGCUGCAAGAAACAUUUUCUUAAGGAAGGUUAUAAGGUUUUGUGUAACAGUAUCAAAAUACUAUGUAAAAUAUUCAAACAAUGGAUUUCAAACCUUAAACUUUUCAGUUCUUUGUUAUCUUGUAAAUGACUUAAGUGCUAUUUAAACUUGUUUCUUUUUUUCUUUGUAUAGUCAGGUCUUCUUUUCUUUACAUAGUGACAACUGAUACUAUUUCUGAUAACAUUCACAUUAUAUGCACUGGAAGGCCUCCUUUCCUAAAUUAUAAUUAUAAGAAACUCAGACAGUCAUUUUCUUUUACACUAGCACUCUAGUUACUAAAAUAUGUAAAAUGUAUUCUGUUACAGAAAGAGAAUAAUGAGCAAUUAUCAGCCAAAUUUGUUAGUUUCUGCUGCAUUGUUUAUUAUGAUAUAUACUUCUUCUUCACCUAUAAACCUUGCUUCUCAGCUUCCUGCUGAGUUCACCGCUUUGGUGUCAACUGCUUUGUGCUAUUACAUCUUUUCCGUUCAUAUGAUAGUCAGGACGUUUUGCUGUCAGUCAGUUUUCAGUUGAUCGCUCGGUCAUUCUGUCUGGCAGCUAGUGAAACACUUUCCUUUCACUUGUUUGUUGUUAAUUAUUUUUUGUUUGUUUGAUUGUUUUUUAAACUGGUCUGAUUGUUUUCUCAAUGCUUUAAUCUCUGGAUCACCUCCUGGAUACUUCAAAAAUCACUGUACGUACAGCACACACAAAAACCACCGGUCACACUUGUUAUACCCGUACGUGACUGUAUGCUUAUUUUCUAGGUGUGGGCGACAUGGGAAGGAUUCUUAUUCAGUCUCCAGGAAGCUUCAGAUUUUGUAGAAAUGCACAAACCUCAAGUCUCUGAGAAGCUACUAGAAACAAUAAGUGUGAGUAUGUUUUGGGCACAGUUGGUCAGUUUAUCAUUGCCUCACUGACAACCAUGGCUUUCCGUUAUCUCCUCAUAACGAAGUGUUGCACUCCAAAUUCUUUUUUUUUUUUUUCAAACACAGGCUCUCGAACAAUCAGCUGAGGAGAUUGGAAAAACAGCCACAUCAGGCCGAUUCCUAGACCCAAAUGAAAACCCUAAGUCCAUUGUGCAGUCCAUAAGGGAGGUAAGAGGAGUGAUCACACGUAAACUUGUCUAGGGCAGGGCAUUUGCUUGUUGCUAUCAAUAACAAAAGGCAAAGCAAACUUCUGCAUCACACAUAAAACUUUCUUCUCAGCUCUGUCCUGUUCACUGCUCUGUUGCCAACUGUUUUGUGUCUUUGCAUACUCUUCAUCCUGAUUUUGUUCUCCAUGUUUGUAGUUUUCGUUGCUGUAGUUGCUGUCUCUGCAUCUAAUAAUGUCUUGUUCAUUGUCAGCUGAGAGACAAGUUCAUUGAUAUUUGCAACAAGCUGUCAGACCUGAGCAAGUGCCAGGCAGUCAUUCUGGGAGAAGAGUAUAAUCUAAAGCACGUUACAGAUAUCCUUGAGGCUAUUGACAAGAGGCAGGAGCUGUGGCGCUACUGUGAUGCAUCAUCACAUGCCAUUAGAGAGUGGCUGCAAACAGUCUUCAAGAAGGUAUGACUCAUUUUGAACGCGCUAUCUUUUCCAGGGUGGCUUCUUCUGUCUCGUCUCCAACUUCAUAAGUACAUUUCUAUUAUUCAGAUGAAUGUUAGGAAGGCCAUGGAUAAACUAAAUGAAUGGAACAAUGCGGGAGAAAAGCUCAAACAACACGUUCCCAACAAUGAUGAAGUACUGCAUUCAUGGCUGAGUCAGUUGGAGGAGUUCUCUCAAGAUUUGCCUUUAUUACUUCAACUGUCGAGUGAUGCUCUUAAGGUAAUUAAUCCCUGAAGAACUGUAUGCUCAAAAAGGUUUUGGUUCCAAAAUCAAAUUCAAGUCCUCUGGGGUUAUUGAGCAUAAUUAUAUCUCUCAUAUCUCAUCAGUUCCUCAGUAUUAUAGUGUGUUAACAACAAGCAACAAAGGAAAAACACAGACAACAAUAAAGAACAAAGGAAGUAGGAGAACUAGAAACAGAGUAGCACCUACAGGUGUAGUAAAUUGCAGCACCUCGUACUGGUGUCCCUCUAUUUUUUCAGCCUUAUCAGAAAGAUAUUUUGGGUACACUACAUUUACAGUUUACAGUACAGCUCAGAGAUAAGCGUCAGCUUCAAACGCGUAAGCUUAAGAAAUAUGUUGACAAAAAACAAAGCUCUUUCAGUAGAUAACAAACAUAACGUCUUAACGAAAAAAACGUGCUUGUUGCUUGUGCUCUAAACGGUACCAGCAGGUGUCCUUACACGUUUUGCUCUUUCAGUCCCGCCAUUGGAGGGCCUUGUUUAUAGGCAUGGGCCAAGAUUAUGAUCCCACCUGGGAUUUUACAGUAGCGGACCUUCUGUCUUUCCAUCUUGGCCGCUAUAAGGACUUGAUAUCGGCAAUCUGCGCUGGAGCUGCGGCAGAAUACGCGUUGGAACUUCAACUUAACCAACUGGCACGCGGUUGGGAGGAGAAGGACUUCAAACUUGCCAAACAUAUUCCACUCAUGAGACCAAGAAUGGAAGGCGAUCAGAGGAAAAGUGAGAAAGGAAAGAGAAAAACAAAAAAGACCGGCCAUGGUACUGAGGUAAGUUUUGAACGCGGCUUAAUGUUAGCGUUUCUUCUGAACCUUUACCAAGUGUUCUGACUUUUGCUUUGUGGAUCAUCUGCUUUUCUAAACAUGGUAAUUAACGACCAGAAUUAUCAAAAACACUGCUUCCUUACUCUUAAAUUCUGCUCUGUGGAACGCGAGUUUGUUUUUACUAACGCAGUGAUAUUUUAAUUCCCAAAAACAGAAGAAAAACGUGAAAGUAAAGCCAAAGACUCCUGCUUCUGUCCCAGAUGUGUUCAUUCUUAUUGGUGUUGGAGACCUGAAAUGCGUUAUUGAGGUAUGAUGCAAACAGCUAUUGUAAAGCUGUAGUGCUGUAUUAAGAAGGACUUCGAAAAUGCUCUAGUGUUAAUAUGUUGCUUUUGGAAUACUAAUUGCAGUGGCUCUUCCUCUUUGUUGGUGCCUUCUUUGUUGCUACCAUCAUGAACUCACACAAAGAACCAGCCGUUCCAUUCAUCGAUUUUUUCUGCGCUUUUUAAUAACAUGCAAACAAUGAAGUGUAGUAGCCUUCAUGUACUGCUUACGAGAUAUCGAGCGCCUGGAAAAAGAAACUAAAAGUGCCUAACAACUUACAAAUAAGUGCUUCACUAUUUUGCACAUAGCAUCACUGUUCACUUGAAUUAUACACACUUGUUUGUUUUGGCUCUUCUUCUCAUUUCGAAACAGAUCUUUCCUAGGUGAGAUGACGUUGUUGCCCCUGCAUGCAAUUUGCUUCCAGUGUCUUGCUACUUGUAGUAGCUCGUUGUGCUCCGAUUUACACCAUGACAAUAAACUGAUGUUGACAGGGUGGGUGGACAGUUACCCAGAAACUUCAAAUGAUCUGAUCUAAUAAACUAAUAAAUAGCAUUACAUAGCUCUUGCCAACCAAUAACGUGACUGCUUCAUGGUCCAUUUCAGACACGCGAUAAUCUUAUUUUUCGUAUAUUUUUCAGGACAAUAUGGUCACACUUCAUAUGAUGCUAACUUCUCCACAUGUAGUGGACUUAAAGCCAAUGGUCGAGACGUGGAUAACCAACUUGCAAGAAAUAGAAAACAUUAUUGACAUUUGGGCGGAUUGCCAGAAAAAGGUACAACAGUAAAACACCCUUGUUAAGCAAUGGUGGCGCAGUGGUAGGAGCACUCGUCUCCUGCCAAUGUUGCCUGUGCUUGAAUCCCUGAGGUGACGUCAUAUUAGGAGUUGAUUUUGUCGUUGGAUCUCUUUUUGCUCCGAGAGGUUUUUCUGCGGGUACUCCGGUUUCGCCGUGUCUCCAAAAACAGCUUUUUCAAAUACUAAUUUGAUAAGGAAUGGAAAACGAAGAACCAUAAGUGGAUGUGUGCCGCUAAAUGUAUUUUAUUUGUGUUUAAGUACGGGACAUGUGGAAUUGUGACGAUAUUUUUACAACCUGAGUCAAUAACUGCAUGUUUAUAUAUGCUGUAUCAUCUGUUUUGAGCUUACGUUUCUGACGUUUUAUACAUGUAAACGGAUAACAUUCUAUCCUGCAGUUUUAAGCUACUUUGCCCUCUUAUGUUGGUUUGACCUGAGUGUAAAAUUCAAUAAGCAUUUCUGCUUUCUUUCACUUUAGUGGCUCUACCUCAGUAACGUGUUUGCGGAACCUGAGAUAAGAAAGUCAUUGGAGGAAAGUAACCGGCGAUAUCUUGAAGUUGAUGAAAAGUACAGGGUAAGUCAAGCCUGCUGUCAGUUAGUAGUGUACAUGUAUUUAGAUCGAAAUGAAAUAAUCCCAUAUCUUUGUUAGCAACAGGAAAACGAAGCAAGCGACUAGCAAAAUCUGAUAAAAUAAUUUCAAAGCUGAGAAAAUGUAACAAAGGAUGUCAUGUCAUCUUAGUUUCUCUCAAAGUGCGCCAUAUUGAAAUCGAUUUGUUAUUUGCAAGUACCGAUUUCUGUUGAGGGAGGGAGACUAAACAGCUCCUAAACGAAAAUAGGUUUGAUACAAAGGAAUAGGUAUGUUUUUUCUUUUCUUGCGUUGGAGGUUUACUUGCGUUGAAGUGUUGAAGUACGUACAGUAACGUUGUUGUUAACUUGAAGGGACACUGUCGUAUGAGCGAGUACCUUUUUAUCUUAAUUUGACCCACGGUUUAUUUCUACAAACGUUCAUUUCUCUUCUCCUUUAGGAAUAUGUUCAAGUAAUUCUGAAGGAUCCAAAAGUGAUGUCUGUAUUGCCCUUAAAGAAAAGAGGACAGAAAGGCUGGCGUGAGCUGCAAGGUGAUGUCCUCAGAGAGCUCUUACUGGGGCUCAUCAGAAAAGAGGUAGCUACGCAAUAGAACUGAAUACUUCAAAGUUUUUGGUGUUGAGUGAUAUACACCUUCCUUUGAAGGUGGUUUAAAAAAUUUUUCACUUUAUAUCUUGAUACAGGAAGAACUGAUCAGACUGGUAGAGAACUAUAUUGAGAAAACCCGUGUUGAAUUUCCACGGCUCUUCUUCCUUAGUGACAAUGACCUACUCGGUCUCCUGGCCUGGUCUCGUAAUCCCAAGGAUUUACUUCCUUUCGUAAGGAAAUGCUUCCCUGGUAUAAAGAACCUUCAAUUCACUUUGCCAAGGGACGGCAACUUGAAGCUGGCUUCUUCUCUGGACACAGCACUUAAUGGUACUCUAUACCUACUUUUCCCAGAACGUAAUCAGCAUAAGUUUGAAUCAUCAAAGUAGUCUUUGGUAAAUGUCUCUUUUUCCUUUGUGGCUCUCUUGACAUUGAGUUGGAGUGACGAAAACCUGAUAAAGAUUGACCUACUGGAAACGCUUUAAAUAAUAAGACCCUUUUUUAUAUGGCUGAAGAUGAAGCGACACCUGUGUCCAGAUUGCCUUCCCGAAUGGGCAAGAAAAGAGAAAAAGGUCUCUUUUUGGCCAUAUGAUAAAUCCUUUAUCUUCGUCUCUGUCCAAAAAGCGCAGAAAAGAACUUGGCCAAUAUCCAGCAAUCUCGACUGAAAACAUGGUUGGUCAAUAAGGCAUAUGAAGUGCACACCGGUAUGACAAACGUCAUUCUUUGCCUCUACUGCUAACGAUUUUUUCACCCCCAUGAAAUUAUGUUUUAUCGGGUCCCACUGUAGCUGGCAACGAAAAUGACUACCGCGAUGAUUUUCAAAAGGUAGCUAUAUUUUGUAGACAACACUGAAAAUUUUCCAAAAAUAUCGUGAAUCGCUUUGUUUUUAAUUGUGGGUUUUCAUUGACAAAGGGAUCUCAAAGCAGACAUACAUUCUAAAAUUGGCCGGCUCGCGAGGUAAUUUAGUUUCUCAGAUAAUCUGAAUGACUAAUCCUACUCUCGUAUUCUUUCAGCGCACCUUCUUCAAGUCACUGCUCUUGAAGGAAUGUUUGAAGAGGUGCUUCCUUUGAUAUCAGUCAUCCCUGCUUCCCCUAGACCUCAGGGUUGGCUUGCUACUUUAGAAGAAAGGAUGAGAAAUACGCUUAUUAAAAGUCUAGCAGAAUGUGUCCUAAGGAGGCUGAGUGGAAAGGAAAAUCCUAGCGACCUUCUAGAAUUGAUGACUACUGAAGGUUAGACGAUGUACAAUGGAAUCUCUUAGUCACUUUAAGAUGUUUUUGUUUUGUAAGCUUAUUAUCUGUUGCUGUCUCUAUAGGCACAUAUAUUGCAUAUCAAGAUCACACGUUGCUAAAGUUCCCAAAUCAGUGCAUCCUGACAACUGAAGCCAUUAUGUGGAGCAAAGACAUGAGUGAAGCCCUACAGAAUGGAAGUUUGCGAGGAUUGUCUGACCUUAAGUAUGUAUUUUUGGAUGUUUAUGUUUUGGGAAGCCUCCCGAUUCCUGCCCUUUUCUUCCUGCUCCAUCCACAGACAAAUCUGAAUGUUCUAAUACGGACUCGUUACAUGCGGUGUGUUCACGUUUUUCUAUUCGAGUGCUCUGUCAUUUUCCUUUUUUGAACUCAUUAAUGCAUGUGCAACAAUUUGUCAGAGUAAGUGUCAUCUCGCAGUGGAUCUGCACCCAGCCAUAGCAGCCGCUCUUUUUAAACUUAAGCCCAUAAUCCUUUGCGAGUGCAGUUUGUCUACUACUACUGGUGCUGGUACUUUCUUUAAUUCAUUGACCAUCAUGGAGUAACAAUUUUCCUCCUUGUUUCGUUUCGCUUCCACUGAUCACCCAUCCAUUGCCUUUUAUUAUGUAGGAAAUCGCUUGCUGGAUUUAUGGUUGAUCUCUCAGGGGCUAUCAGAAAGAACAUGGAAUGUAACGACACUAGUGCCAUAAAUAAUCGUCUUGAGUUACUACUUGCUGCGCUAGCUGCCAUGACAAUACACCAAAGGGAUACUGUAACCGGUUAGUAUUUAUUGGUUGUAUAAAAUAUCACCACCAAACACAAAGGAAUGUUACCACAAUCUCUAAGGGCCAAAUAUUGAACGAAGACUAACUUAAGCCGCGGUUUAACAAAUCUUUGAACCUCCAGAUCUCUUCUUUGGUGUGUUGUUUUAAGAAGAUAAAUGCUUUCCUAGUCUUCUCUAUAUGCUUUCACAAAACUGUUCACAAUGAUUGAUGGGUAGCUAAAAUCGUUGGGCGAGUUCAAAAUGACUUAGAACCCGGUUUUGUUAAACACUGACUAAACUACGUUUAAAUAUUUUGCCCUAAAUGUUUACUUAUGACCUUGUAAAUAAGUUAGAAUUGUGGAUGAUUCCAGGUUGACACUUGUCAGUAACAAGGUGAUUGAAAAUCAUAAUAUCAUUUCUGCAGCAUCAUAUGAGAGAAAGUCAAUUACAUCUGCCUCCGCCGAAUAUCACUUUUCCCUCCUAUUAUAUACUUGACGGACUGACCUAACUAGCUGUGCAACAAAUCUUGACGAAUUUUCAAAAAUGACAUCUUAAGGGCUGGCCAUUGAACACGCCGUAGAGUUUGCUCCAUGUUUUUGAGGACAUGUUAAGUUUCUAGUUGUAAGCUUGCUGUGUGAGUGUGUAGAAUGACGCUUUUCCAGACGGAUAGAAUUUUUAUCUGAUAGUUGCAGUGAUACAAACAACGAUGAAGAUUACGAAUGAUGACUAUCAUGUUUAUGAUGAUGAUGAUGUUGAUGAUGCUGAACAUGUUUUGUACAGACUUCAUGAAACAAGGAAUCACAGACGUAAACAGUUUUGAAUGGGCCAGUCAGCUUCAACACCAGAUAGAAAUCAAGCCUGUACUUAGCUCUUCUUAUCAAGGAGAAAACAACGACUCAUCUUGCACAUCCAAAACUAUCCCCAUCAAUCGUCUCUAUGAGGUCGGGCGGUGCAGCGUUCGGCAACUUGGUACUAGCUUUGUUUAUGGCUAUGAGUACCUUGGUCCCACUCAUCGCCUUGUUGUUACACCUUUGACGCAGAGAUGUUUCCUGACUCUAACCAUGGCUUUGCGGUCCCACCAGUGUGGGCUUCCUGUGGGACCUGAUGGCAUCGGCAAAACGGGAACUGUUAAAGAUCUGUCAAAGGUAUGGUACCAUUGUUUUGCAUACUACAGAAAAUGAGAGGGGAAGGGGACUGGAACUCAUACUAGCCCAUUAGAAAUCCUCUCUUUUUGUGACAUUUCGAAGUGUGUAUUUAGUUAAUGCUGCUCAGAGUCAUUUCACUCUUCAGUAUGAAGCUUUGUUUCGAUAGAACUCAGGGGAAAAACCAAAAAAACACAUUAAGCUUGUUUCCCUUUUUUCCUAGCGAUAAUGUUUUUUUUUUUUUGGAAUAGUCGUCAGUGUAUUUAAAAAUAGUCUACCGUUCAUCGUUCGGUUUUCAGGAAUUCUCUCGAAGCUUGCCCUUAUUCUCACAACAGUUUCAAACUUUCCGGAGUUUAUACCUCUGUAUUCCCAAAGCUUUAAGUUUAAAAGGAUACAUGGUUUGAAUGUCAAGAAUUUGAUUUGAAGAUUAGGUUAAGUUUGUUCGGUUUAAGUAACAUGCAUUUAACAGGCCAGUUCGUUUGUUUGUUAUUCCUUUAGGCCUUUGCAAGGCACCUGGUGAUGUUCAACUGUUCAGAGCAGUUAACAAAUUCCAUGCUCGUCCGUUUCCUUUAUGGCAUGGUAAGGUCAGGUAGCUGGGCGUGCUUUGAGAAUGUGGAUUGUUUAGGUGCUGGUAUCCUUUCCUGUCUUGGCCAACAUCUUUCUACGAUCAGAACCUCACUGAAAUGUCUGGAAAAGUUGGUGACGACUCAGUACACUGCAAGAGGUUUUCAUAAACCAGGCACUCAAGAGGUAAUGUUUAACAGGAUUUCAGAAAUAUGCAAGGGAAAAACACCUUAUUUACUUGGUAUCUUGUGUGAACUGUGGAAGUUUGGUCCUUUGUUCCUCUUUUCAUUGCCUUUUUUUUCUUUCCUUGACUUUACAGGCUGACAAUGUUAAGAGAAGAAGCAGCAUAACUACUCUACAUUUCCUUCCUAAUGAAACAUUUAUACCUGGCUCCAAGCCAGAUUCCUUAUUGGUAAGAAAUGAGUUAAGUUCGGAGUAGUGUGACCAAGAAAUGAGACGUUUGUUCUCUGCAUGAAAUUAACUGUAAUGGCUUUAGAACUGCAAGAACCCACAUAAGAAGGAGUGGGGAUUAUCCAAAUAAAAGGUGAAUUUAGAGUAGUGGCUAAGGAACUAUUCAUAACUUUUCAAACUUGCACUACUAAGAAGUGCUAGUUUAGAUUGGCUUUCAUCGUUGAUUGUAAUGUUCAGUCACUAGGACGUUGAGACGCCAGCAUGGCAAACAGGGGGGGCAUGAGGAAGUCCACAUAAAGUGUGUUAACCAGUGUGCAUCUAUAAUCUGUACCUAUCUUUAUCUAUCGAGGGCGUAAAAUGUUCUUUAGAAUAAAUACAGUUGAACGUCCGCUAACGGCCACCUCUUUGCAACGGCCACUUUCUUCUGUCCCUAAGGUGGCCGCUGUAGAGAGGUUCAACUGUAUACUUGUUGAUUUACGAACAUUCAGGCAACAGGGCUGUGGUCCUUGUUUGUUUCAGGGAAAUCACCUCGCCAAAGGAAGGAGACAUCACGUUGUUUUAGAAGGAGGGGACCUCCAAGAAGCAGAUUACUACAGUGAUGCCCCUCGUGUCUCGUCUCUGGAAGAGCAGAGUAAACUUCAAGAAACAUUUCAAGACAGAGUAGAAAUCGAACACAAAAAGGAACUCAGAUGCAAAGAGUUUAAGAUACCCCUACUCGGUAACAUUGUGUUUGAAGGACAACUUAUGCCCGCCAGUGAGAUGUAUGGUUGUUUUAUGACUAUGUCUAAGAGUUACAGUUUGACUGCUGAUCUGCCUGAAAAUUUUCGGGUAAAUUCCCUCAUGUAACUUGUAAUGAACAGUUUUCAGUUAUAUAGUGCGACGAAUGAAGCAUUUAACCAUUUUCAAAUCGUAUCAGUUGACAACGUGAUCGAGUUAUCGUCCAACACUUCGUAAUCAAGUUAAGCGAUAGCUCUGCAUAUCUCCAGAUUAUGCCUUCGGUUUAACGUCCCUGUUUUUACGCAAUUUUGGAAACGCAUUGUGCAUAUUAAAAAAUAUUUCUCUUGGUGAUCUAUUGAAAAUGACAAGUCAAAUGACUGUUUACUCCGUGGGAGCAAAAGAAAACGUUUUCCUUUUCGUGGUUAUGCUUAGGGCGCUUAUGCAUAUGUAAUGUUUUUGCAAACGAUCCUGAAAUGGGUUCAAAUCUUAGCACAGUUUCUAUCAGCCCCUUUAUUACGCAAGUGUAAUACAGGCUGAAGACUCUUUUAAACCUGUACUGCACAGAAGCUGCUGUCACUCAAAUAUAUGAUGUUAUAUCCCAGGCACAGCUGAGACCCGUGUCGAUGGUUUUUCCUGAUUGCCGCCCUGUGGUUGAAGUCUGGUUGGUAGGAUGUGGUUUUACAGAAGCUAAACCUCUCUCUAUAAAGAUGGACACCUUCUUCAAGUUAAUCAACCAACAGGUUAAACAUAAUACCGACAGUGCAUGUUUGAGCAUGAGUAUGAAAUAAUAAAUAAUUUUAGCGCUAUAUUAUAUAGGAGGAAAACUGAGAUUGUGAUUAGUAUGUGUAAUCAAAUGGUGACGAGUGAAAUUAGGGAAUAAUUUCACGCGCGUUUUGUCUAAAUCCUUAUAAUUUCCCGAGCCUCUAAGAAUCCUUCUUGAUGUGCUCUUUCGUGUGUUCAGGUUUUCUAAAGCGUCUUUUUAUGCCCUGACAUCUUCAUUCAUGACAUUUUAAAACUUCCUCACCAUCUUGAAACGGAGACGUACGGCAGGUUGCCAUGGCAAUUUAGCAAUUUCACAUGUGAAAUUACAAAUUAACGCUGAAAUUUCGCGCCAAAAUUAAGGAGUAAUUCGUCACCUAUGAUAUUAUUACUGUAAUUAUGAUCGUGAUUAUUUUGAUGAUAGUUAUCUGGAUUAUGACAAAAGAUAUGUAUAUAUUUUGAAGGUUUCUUGUCAGCCACAGUACUCAUUUGGAUUGCGUAGCAUGAAGAUGGUGACUUUACUGGCUGGAAAACAGUUGCAGAGGGAUGUGGCCAAAAAGAGGCCAAAUACAAUGGGUUCUUUCAGAGAAGAAUCCUCCUCCGAUCUGAAGGGUGAUACAGGUCUGUUAUUACGUCAUUAUAAAGGGGAGGCGUCCCAGGUGUCAUAACUCAUGCCUUAUUUUUCUCGCGACGUUUGGCAAAUUGCAAUGAUGUCAUUGCAUACACAACUUAAUGGAGUCCAACAGGACCGAAGGUUAAUCACGUUUCUGAAGCAGUGAGCACUUCGCUGCUAGCUGGUUUGCCGGAUUGAGAUGUGCGUCUAUCAGAAGGUUAUAACGUCCUUUCCGCCCCCGUGUCUUGUGCACGAGAGACAAUAGGUAGCUGGUGAAAAAGAAGGUUUGAAGUUCUAUUUGACUGAACGUUUGCUGUCCUCCAAAGUUGUCUGGACCAGCGGGCGUUGGGCUUGAGGGAGGGACGGGGCUGUUUAUAGUGAAUUGCAAUUUUAUAAGGCAUGAUAUUCCUGGCGUAAGGCGUUGUUGGUUUCUGCAAUAGCACAGAUUUAUUAUGAUAACCUGAGCGGAGGUCUGACGGAGGUGAUAUGCUUAGAUACCUGCUUGUCAAGACGUAUCGCCCAACUAGGUAACUAUGAAAUAAGUGGUGAAACAAAAGUACCUAUAUAACUUGUAUGAAAGUAGGUCAUCGCAGUUAUAGACGCAACUUUUGCAGUUGCGAAAAGACUACCGAUGAGUUUGCUCAGUUCUUCUCUAGUUGUUUUUCUUAACUAAUCCUCAGUCUCCUUGGCGUGUUGUUUUUCAGCAUUGGAGAGAAAAACAAAAAGUCCAUUUCUUGAAACACUCGAACGACGCCAAUCUGAGGAGAAUGCAGUCGUGCACUCACUUUUCACUUACUUUGGAAACAAACUGUUGUUGGAAGACAAGGAGUUGUUUUCUCGUGCAGUGGAUGAAGUGUUUGCGCACAGUGUGUUGAUGUCUGUAUCAACUGAAGGAGACCCACUUCUGGUGGAACAAGUUAAAGAACAUCUUCAAGCAAAUGGGCUCCAAGUCAGACAGGAAGUAAUAUCCAAGGUAACUUUUGUUGUUGUUUUCGUUGGUAUUUGCUAUUGUUGUUCAGUUCGUACGCAAGGUAUGAACUGUUGGAAACAUAUAUUUUUUAGAUUGAAAACUAGGUAAAUAGCUAGCUUUAAUGGGCAAUCGAAUUCUGCAACAGGAUCUACAGAGUAGUUUGAGGCCUUUCAUUACGGCCUGUUUUUUUGUUUUUUUGUUUUUUUUUAAUAUUUCUACCUGCUAUACUUCCUCUGUAGAUUCUUCAACUUUACACCAGUCUUCAGACUAGCCGUAGUGUGAUUCUUCUCGGUUGUCCAGGCUCUGGCAAAUCCACUAUAUAUAGUACACUGGCAAGUGCCUUAAACACUUUGAAUGGAAAAGCAACUCAAGCUGUUGUGACAACACGAAGACACACAGUUGGAGGAAGAAAAAUCAGCAAUGCUUUAAAACAGGCCAAGGCCCCAGUAGAAGAGAUCAAAGAUGUUUUGUGGCCUCGAGUGGAUCUCUCAGUUGUGUUCCCAAAAUCACUGACAUGUGAAGAGGUGAGUUAUGAGAUUUAUGGAGUCGUAAAAAUCCCGUCAGAUGUUAAACGAAGCUAUUCACAGUAUCGUCACUUUGGGGUACAAGGGAGUAAUUCAGUUGAGGACUAUGGGCAACUCAAACGUUUAUUUUUCACAUUUUCAGUGCCUAGCAGAUGACUUAAGCAGUGCUUUUGUUUUCAAACAAAUAUUAAGUGAAUGAUCAUGGCACAAACCCUCGAUCAAAACACUUCUUGAACACAACGUAAUGACAACAAGUGAAACCAUUGAAUAAAAGACUCAAAUAAUCAAGAUGUGUUGAUGUUAAUAGGACUUGGAAAAUUUUUAUUAUUUUGACAGUUGUUUGGAAGGCAACUACCAGAUAAUAAUGUCUGGGUUGAUGGAGUGGUAUCAAAGUGGUUGCGAGACUCCACUCUGACCCACGAUACCAUGGCUGAGCUUCUCACGAGUCAGUUCUCAGACAAGCAGAGAAUUGCUCGUAUGAUGGGAUCAUUGUCACACGUGAAGAAGUGGUUGGUUCUGGACGGACCUAUGGAUGACACAUGGCUUGAGAACAUGGGAACUUUGCUGGAUUCAACCAGGGCAUUGAAUUUGGCAAGCGGAGAAACCAUCAGCCAACCAGGUGAGCUUGAGCUGUCAUUCAAUGUGUCUAUUCUAGUAGUAGGGGGCAUAAAUUUCCUCGUGUUCACCAAGACUUGAGACAGUCUCCCACUGGAAGCAUUGGUAUGAUUAAGGGACAACUGCAUGUAGUUUCCUUUUGGGGACAAAACGAUCUUCUUUUUCCCUCUAAAUAGCUGCAGCAUGUUAUCUCUUGUCAAGUUAACAGUCAUACAUUUUUAGGAAGAUUUUCCACUGUUGUUGUUGUUGUUCACAAGAAGUAAUGUGUAAAUUGGAUCUUUCUAUGUUUUCAGAGACUGUAACUCUCCUGUUCGAGGUAACGGAGCUUAGUCAUGUGUCUCCAGCACUGGUGACUCGCUGUGGCCUGAUCCACUGCCCUGAAACAACUGUGGGUUGGAAGUCCAUCUUUAGGUCUUGGAUGAAAGGAGCUCAUGCAAAGUGGGACAUCACCAACAGAGGGCAAGCAACCAGUUUUGCAUUUUUAGUCUCGCCAGUAUCGAUUAAGUACUAUAUAUACUUGGUUUUAACCGUAGGUAGCUUGAAUAUCAGACGUUUCUUGGGGAAAGGGGCAAAGGAGAUGCGAACAGGAAAGACAGCAAAGGAAGAGAAACUCUCUCUGUUCUCCUCUCCCCCUGGCCUCCACCCUCUAAAAUCUCCUUUCCUCUAACCCUUUUGAAAUGCUUGAUACUAGGGUCUAGACCUUAAGAAACCAAAAUUGAUGGACCAAAUGUCAGCACAAUCGUCUGAAGUGAAUGAAUGAACUUUUGUCUUUGUUAGCAAGCAGAUCAUUUGUGCUUAAAUUUGUCCUAUCUAUCCUUAGAACUAUUUGGAAAACUGUUAACUAAGGACUGAGAGUGAAACGUUAUGUUUACCUCAACUGAAAAUGAUAAAGUUAAUCGAAGAUGUUAAUCUUUAUGGAUUUUCAGGUUAGGUAUCAUCUCUUGUUUAAUGGAUCAUACGGUGGACUCAACUUUGAAAUUCCUCAGCAACAACUGUCAGUCAGUCCUUACAGAAGGAUAUGGCUCAGUAAGAAAGCCAUCCAAAACAGCUGCUGGGAUAUAUGAGGUCCAAACACUGCUCCGAUAUCUGUCCGCCAUCUUUGACAGACAUAUCCUUCGGGAAGAUGAUGACAGUACAAUUCACAUGAUGCAAAGGCAGCGGCAGUCUGUCAGUUCCACCAGCAGCAGGCAGAGCUCAGGUAUUCCAGCCAGUGACACAGGGAAGGUCACCAGCUCUUUUGCAUUUGCCUUUGUGUGGGCAUUCGGUGGUCACUUACAUGAAAGGUAUGACAAAUGGAUCAUUUUCGUCUUCAUUAAAUACAAAAGCGGUGCAUUAUAAAAUACCCGAACAAACAUCCUCUCUCUCCAUGGUUUAAUAACUCCCAAAGCUGUCAAGUUUGUUUAUUCAAAGAAUGUGUUGUUAUUUUAUGUACCAAAUUUUCAUUCCUGAACCGACAGUGCGAUAACAUAUUUAUCAUGUUCAACCCUGUAACUCCCAAGAUCUGGCUAGUAAUUCUCCUUUACGGCUGUUAUGCAUUUCUUUUUACAUUACUUAAGAGAAUUUGGCCUUAUAUCAAGAUAAUGUCCCGUAUUCUUAUCACCUGCCUUUUGGACAAUGUAUUGGUGUUACGAGGAGAAGUUACAUGCAGAUUACCUGUGGGAGUUAAAGGGUUAAGACAUGAUCCCAGCUGGUAGGCCACUGUCGCAAUUUUACUACUUUCUUAAUUUAUUUCAGUUCACAGCUCAUUUAUCCACGGAAAUUGGCCUGGAUUUUCUUAGUUCAUUAUUCGAUGCUUGUUCGGCAUUUAUUUUAUCUCUCACUUCUGUUGGAAUUACCUCAUUCGUACUUAAUUUCGUAAUUUUGGAGAGACAGUAUUUCGCGGGGUUUUAUUUUCGCAAUUUCAAUAGGCAGUUACCAAAAAAUGGCAUUAGACUUCGCGAUUCAAGCGUUCUUAACUUCAUUUUGUGUUUCAAAAAAAUGGAACUUUUUUAUAUUUCGGAUAAACUGGAACAAGCAGAUGAAGAUGAAAGAUAUAUGAUGGCUCUACUCCAUAUGUGAAAUCUUUGCAAAUUAACCUUAUUUUAUAACAGAAGAUACAAAAUGGAGCUUAUCGGUAAAACCAGUCAAUAAUUUGUGGAUUUGUCGAUGUACAUAUCCUGUAUAUAGUGUUGUUAUUGCAUGUUAAUCAUUUUUUUCUGUGGUUUGAAUUGUCUAUAUGGGUAUUAAUUUUCGCGUUGUUAAAAUUCGCGAGGAUUUUUAUUCGCGGGUCUUUUUUUUACAAUCGUGAAAAACGCGAAAGCAAAAUUAAUUACCAAUAAGGUAUACGGUGUUGAUAUUUUCCGUUGCCUUUUUUUUUAGAUACGCACCCAAGUUUAAUGAGCAUGCGCGGCAGCUCUUGUCCUCAGGCCCUUAUCCUGUGUUGGUACCUCCUGAUGGAUCAGUGUAUGAUUACUGUUUGGACUUCAUUAAAGGUGCACUGGUCAAAUGGGAUGAACGACCUGGAGCGCAGUUCAAGACACUGCCCUCAUCAUACACUGUUGUCUCUGAGGUAAAAUACAAAAAUCCCUCUUAAGACUAAUAAUAACCAAAGGUUACUGAGUGCGGGCGUCAACGAUGGAAGGUCAAAACGCUUUCGUUCCAACGCUGUGCUUUGCGUAAGUUUCACGUGACAGAUAGCCAAAACACGCCUAAUCAGAUUACGAGGGGUAGAAGGUUGAAAUGCCUGUGAUGAAAUUGUGUUAUGUGCAUUCCAUUCAUUCUUAAGGGAUCCAAACGAAAGCUGGCUACAUACAUGCGACGCAUGCGUAAUACCAGCCUGAAGAUUAGGAUUGCGAGCUCCUCUUGUAGCCCUCAAUCUAUUAUUCAAGGGAGAAUAAAGAUACAGAGAGUAAAACGCUCAGUCUAGCCCAUGGGAUUUGUGAAUUUCACCAAAUUUAUUCUUAGACCAAUUAAACCCUUGAAAUCAAUUGGAAGUUGGUUUCAGGAGAGGUCCGCAUACUUGGGGUCAUUAUGCUCUCUUGGUGUGUCGCCAUUACAUUAUUUUGCUUUGUUUGCUUUGAUGCAGUCGCGCGUGGACUUGAUGAGCAUUCUUUCACGCGUGAUUAGUGCGCGUACAUAAAAAAUGGCGGCUCCUUUUUAUGUCCAGAUCUAGCCAUAGGGGAGAGAUCGCCAUUUUCUGGUAAAAGAGUGUGGUCACCUACCAUUGUUUUUUCUCUUUUUUAAAAUUGAGUAAUCUUCUUUCUAUAGAAGAAUUAUAGGCACAUUGCUAGUGCAGAGAAAAAAAAUCGGAAUCGUGUUAAGAGCUUGCACUCGUAAAUAUAAUCAUAUUGAUAUUGUAAGGAAUUAUUGUGUAUAUACAAGGUGCUAUUGCUCCUAAACGAGUAUGGGGAUCCCCCGUUAUUAUCACAAAAUUUAUGUUCCUAUCAGUUGAAUAAGCAAUAUAAUAAGCAAGGUAAAGUUUGGCAAAAAUCUCACGGCUGGUUCUAAAUCAGAGGAAUGACUUUGACUCAUGGCCAGUAUGUCCAUUAGUGAAUAUGUUACCUUAAAUCCUCUAUUUACCCCACACCCCACCCCCACCCACCCCCCCCCCACACCCCCACCCCCCCCCCCCCCCUUUUCAGGGAAAGAAAGUUAAUAAGCCCCUCUCUUUGAAGCCCCCCUACCCUCCCCUAAUUGUUCUUCGCUAAUUAAUGUUAGGUUGUAUUAAUCAAUCGCGACUAUAAAGCAUCGUGUGGACUGAUCCGAAAUGGUUUAUUCACCAACUGGAAGUUCAGAUUUGUUUUCAAUUGUCGGCUGCAUGACUGUACUUGAGCUUUUCCACUUUGCAUUCUAGUUCUUUAUGGAGAACUCAUACCAUCGUCGUUUCUAAAUUGAAUAAGCCACCCGUCUCUAUUAAGCCCUUCCUCAAAUGAUCCUGAAAUAAAUAAGCCCUCCCGGAGGCUAAAUAGAGGGUUUACGGUAUGUUUAUAUACAUACGGACUGUGCAUUUUGUAUCUUGUAGUUGGACCGGUACUUCUAUUUGAUGGACCUGAUGGUGUCUUCCAGUCAGCCAGUGCUUUUAGUUGGUUCCACAGGAAGUGGAAAAACCUCACUUAUGCAGGUUAGACUACAAAUAAAUCUUUGCAUGCCUUUGUGAGAACUUCGUUAAGAUCAUCGCAGAAACGUGAUAAAAUGAAAUUAACGUUAAAAAUGGUAACUUAAAACCAUUUUCAUGCACGCAACAAGAGACGAACUCCACUUCCUUGGCCCAAAUCAUUUAUGACUAGUUUCCUUGAGUUGGGAAGACCUUUCAAAUAACACUCGGCCAUUAUUUUGCACUUGCAGACAGUUAAAGCAUUCCUCUACUCUCCACAAAUGUAUGAUAGUGUCUUCACGGCAGUUAGGUGUGCAAUCUAAGCUGAGUUGCGAAAAAGCUCUCAAAUUAUUCCUGAUAUAUUUUUUUCUGUAACCAACAGAAUUUGAUUUAUCCACGCCAUAACUUUACUCGAAUAUGCCUCUCGCCUGGUUCAACGUCUAAACUGCUACAGGAAGCGAUUGAGCACAAACUUCAACUUAUUCAGCGAAAGGAAAUGAAUCAGAUGGCUCUUCAAAAGUCGUUAGCAGCUAAUGCUCCAACAUCAAAAAAUCUUCCCGGCGUUAAAUCCCGCACUCAGCUGCUUUUUCUGGAUGACCUUAACUCUGCUGAUGUGGAUGAGUUUGGUAUUCAACCUCCGCUUGAGCUUCUCAGGCAAAUUCUCUCGCAAGGUAAUAAUAUCCCUGUGACCUUGUAAUAGGACAUAAUUAAACUUCCCGCAAUCGACUACUCAAAUACCUUUAUUUGUUUGAUGUUUACGAAAAGUGAUAGCUUACGAGCGAUUGAAACUUUAGUCCUUUGACUUGGAAGACUGAUUUUUGAUUUGGGUCCAUAAACUAUCCUUUCGGUGAUCCAGUGUUCUUUAGUAGUGAUUCGGCCAUGAUAUACAUCUGGGAAGUGGAGGAAACUGGGCUAAUCUGGCGUGGGUUUAAACAAUUAACAAAAUAAAUAAUUUAGCAAAUAGUUUCAAUGUAGCUGGAAAUUCAUCCCUAUUAGCACACACACUCUCUCUCUUUCAUUCGCUUCUUCGAGUUCACAUGGUCAUCCUACCAUGAAAUGAGCUUAACCAAAUCUAUGACGUCAGUAUGUAACACUGCGAAUACUUACAGAAGAUCGAUCAGCGUUAUUGUGUUGAUCAUAACAACUCACUUUAUGGUUGGUCCUACUGAAAACCAGUUACUUUGUUUCAAAUAAACAUUGUUGUAGUAAAUUGGGAUUUUCUAUUCUAGGGACGCUGUAUAACAAGCAGCGGCAUCACUCCUCUAGAGUUCAACACUUGAAGGUCAUGGCUGCAUGUGUACCACCCGGUGCAGCAGCAUCCUGUGGAGGGGUGGCUUCGUACCCUUUAAGCCACCGCCUGUCCCGACUGAUGACUGUUCUGUCGUUUUUUUCACUCUCCUCUGAGUCACUGCAGAGCAUUUACAGUGCAGUGUUCCUGGCUUGGCUGGAAGAGUUUCCAGCUUAUUCUCUGACCCAUCAUGAACAAUUAGCAAAGGUAAGAAUUAGAUGUCAUUAUAACUCAGUACGUACAAGUAUUCUGAGAGAUAGAUUGGCCCCUUUCAACUCUUUUCUUUGUGUUGUUAGCUUGCUAAUAUCGGUUCACAGUUAGUGAAGUUUUGUGUUAUAUUCCAUCAACAGGCACUUUCAUCCGCUACCAUCAAAAUGUACUCGGUUAUUCAGCAAGAACUCCUCCCCACCCCUCUCCACCCGCACUUUCUGUUUACUCAGCAUGAACUGUCCAGAGUGGUCCAAGGUAUGACUUCUCUCUAUUCCAAAACGCGUGGACGCCCAAGACCCCGUGCAAGAAGACGUACUGAAGGAGGUGGAGAAGUGGACCAAGAAAGUAAAGGUGCUGCCAUUCCCGCUGCAAAUAGUGAUCAGAGUUUUCGUAACAAAGAGAAUGGACAGCGGGGAGGGUAUGUCGGCAAGGGCAGGAGGUAGGUGUGACAUUAUGACGCGCUAGACAGUAAAAUUCUGUUCAAAUAUUUGUACAUAGUUCACCCUGUGUUGCAAUCAAAAGUUGCCGGAUCAUUCGACGUUUCUGGGAAACUGCCCACCUACCCCUCCCCUAAGCCAAUAUUAGCACUUGCUUCUCACUUAGGGCAAAAUGUUGCUUUUAACAAAAUGUACUUAUGCCUUAAAUAGUGCUCCAAAUCAAACUUUACAUCUAUCUUUUUCAUGUGUAUUGAUAUCCUGAAGUGUCCCGAAUUAGUUAGCAUUGUUCAAAUGUAGUUGACAUUCGUUUAUUGCUAUCUAUGAUCAUAGCAAUGUGACAACCCUGUAUAGAAUAUGUCAUCUUUAUUUUUUAGUUGGCCAUCGUUGACAAGCGGUCCAAGGGAAACUGCAUUAUCCGCCAACACCCCAGCAGUUUUGUCGCCGAUGAUUCGUUCGUUACUUCGUUUAUGGUGUCAUGAAAGUACGCGGACUUACAGUGAUCGUUUGUUGACUGAGCAGCAGCGCCAUUGGUUCUCUUCGUUGUUGCAUGAGACGGUCGAGGAGUUUUUCUGCAGAGACAACUCUGAAGUUAACUCUGAAAUGUUCUCUGUAGAGCAAGCCGAGAUUCAGCAAGGUUGGAUAUGUCCUUCUUUAUAUUGCUGUUUGCUAUCUAUGUAUGGAUUUUGCUCUAGAAAAAUUUGAUUGCGUUUCACAUAGAAAUAAACGCGUUGAGUAUCCUUUGUCUUGGAGGCUGCCAUUCCUGUCUGGGCGGAUUCUUUGUAGUUUUAAAUAUCAAUGUUUGGUUGACUGAUUGACGUUUGCUGCCCAAUCCACUGUUGGGUCAGUUUAUUAACUGUUUCACCCCCAGGAGUGGGCAAAGUCAUAAUUCAACAAAAUUUCCCCAUUUCAGGAAAAAAAAACAAAUAGCACUAUGUGAAAAUACUGCUGAAGAGACUUCAUUUGAAUGGUAACACCAUAGGAUUUCAUUCACAGACUCAAACUUUGGAAAAACGUACCAUAUAAAUAGCACUAUGUGAAAACACUGCUGAAGAGACUUCAUUUGAAUGGUAACACCACGGAAUGUCCUCCACAGACUCAAAAGUUAGAAUUAGCUUACAAGACCCUAGCAUUCACUGUGGAAGGGAAAGGAUUAAUAGUUGUUGUGAUUUGUGGUUUUCACUCUUUGUUUUGCCUUCGCUGAAAGCCAGACAAUUUUACUUUUCACAGAAAUGGCGCCAGGUGUAAAUGCACCUCCACCUACAGCCAGCUGUGAUCAACUGAACAGUGCGGGACAAGAUGACAAUGAUGAGUCGAUGGCGCUUCCAGAUGAAGAACAUCGUGAAUCAGGUAACGAAAGUGAUGUCGCUCCUUCACUGAAUGAAGAAGAAGAGGAACCUGGAGAUGGUCUUACUGGUAAGACGUCAGUUGACUUUGUCAUCUUCUUUUGUAAAGGCAGUUUAGAUUUUAAAGAAAUGGCGUUGGUUUUCAGACGAUCUUUUAAAUCCGUCAAUGACUAAUUGUAUUCUUCCCUAAUACGUUUUCUAGUUUCCCGCGGCAUUAGCGGACACUAUGAAUUGUAAUAAUCUUCUAGUAAUACCUUAAUUGAGUUUAUGAUUUUAUGUGAUAAAUUUUGGACGGCUGGGACAAAAUAAUAAUAAAUAUAGUUUAUUUCCCAGCAAGAUGGUCAUGAUAACAUGUGUUUUUUUCCUUUUUGCACUGCAGAGGAAGCGCAAGAUGGAGUCAUAAGUCCAGAAGGAGAAAAACAGGUCAUAAAUCAAGAUGACCCAGCUGUUUUCAUAGUUUCAGAGGAACAAGGUCUGAGCAGGGAGUGCACCGAGGUCGAGAACAACCUGGUAAUUCAACCAACCAGAGUGAAGGUGACAUUCGAUGAUAAAAGUGGUGCGAGCUACGACAAGAGCUAUUCCGGUCCAUUGAUUUCUUCGGAACAGUUAGCAUUUUCUGGUGAAGAUCUGACAGACGUCAUGUUCUGCAAACACUAUAACGCCUCUGUAACUGGACGAGAAAGCAGUGCAAGUGAGGUGGCGAGUAAGAAUUACCUGGAAUGCGCGGAAAGCAUCUUAGAGCAAGGGAUCAAGAGAUGGCUGUCAUCAUACAACGAACAAGUAGCUCACUCUUCGAGUGCAAAGAUCGUGAACUUAGUGACUUUUCGCGAAGCACUUCAGCAUGCUGCGCGUUUGAGUCGAGCUCUGGUAAGAAUGAUCUUUAUUUUUUGACUACUCUCGUGACAAAAUGACCGACCUUUCCUGCAAUUUCCUUCAAACGUUUUUCGCUCAGAUAACCUGCGAUGGCUAAUCAAGCAGGCAGCGCAGGAGUUUUUUUAAAUUUAAUCCGUCGCAGCUUUCUCCAAUUUUGCUUGUCGGUGCUCGGUUUUUGCCUUUUCUUUCCUGUGGUCAUCGCAAUUUUUAAUUGGUUAUUGUGAUAUUUUAAAUAUAUGACCGGUCAGCGAGGGCUAAAUAGCAACACUUUAAGUUGGAUGUGUUGUUUUUCUAGGCAAUGCCAGGCGGCCAUGCUCUUUUGUUGUCAAGUCUUGGUUACGGCAGAAGGACUCUCACAAGAGUUACUGCACACGCGGCCCGUUAUAAGGUUUGUACAGAUCCUCAUCCACCCUAUUACCACCUAGUUUAGGUGAAAGGCGCUCAGGAGAACCUUCAAGGAUUGGUGUUCUCUAGUAGUAGUCCUUCGCAGGAUAACCCACAGAAGACUCAGGGCUGUCAUUAAGAGGCGGGGGCCGGGGAUUUCCCGCGGCUACUAUGAACGUGGCCCCCGGCUGCUUUCAUAGGAAAAUAGAAGAAAAAUAGAACCAAACGAAAUCCCUAGCCAUUUGAUUCUCCGCCUACAUGUUGUAUUUACCCUGCAACUUGAAAUAUGUCUUGAAGCAUGUCGCUUUUACUCUGUUUAAUACACCUGGGCGAAGACAGACAUAGUGGAGAAAAGUUUCUUGUCAAAACAACAAAACAGCAAGACUUGAACCCGAACCUACAGAACUGAGGUUGGAGGUGUUAACUGCUCGGGCACCAAGCCUCCUUUUCCAAGGGAUCAUUAUUUUUUCUGAAUAAUGAACCUUUGACCGGUGAAUCAAAGUAGUAUAGUGGAGACAGUUUACUCCUUUUUUCGAGGGGGAAUAGAUAAGUGCCGGUUACGUCAUAGCCUUUUUUCUUUAUCUCAUGAAUAAUACGUCUUAGUGAUUUUAACUCACUGUUGAGUAAGCACUUAUUCCUUUGACAAAAUGAAUCAACCAAUGAAUACUUUUGUUAGUUUUUGGUUAACUUAUCAAAAACUGUGUUUUUGUCGAUCUAAAACCCGUCACACCGGUCAAACCACCGAAAAAUAGCACAUACUUAUCUUAAUGAAAUUCCCCUGUAUUUUAUUCAUAAGAUAAAGAUAAAAGGCUAUGACGUCAUUGGCGCUGAUGUAUUACCCUCAAAUAAAUGAGAUCGUCCCUCAAAAAGGGAGUAAUCGGUCCCUUCUAUACUACUCAUCAAACAGAGGACACUGCAAACGGCUUUCAUCGUGCGACCAACCCGAUAUCAAGAUUUGUCCAUCAUAACAUAUUGGUCCAAUAUCUGUUGAUGAAAAGGCCAAUAAUGUUUGAACUUUGCUGCUCAGCAACUCAUAACCCAUUCUUUAGCAAUUUUGUCUACACGGUCAAUGUUUUUUUUGUCGCAAAAUGUUUCCUUUUGUACAGUGACUCAUCACUGGUAUUGCAGUCUGAAUACAUGCCUUAAUUAUACUUGUGAAUGACGAUAGUUGGAACCUUCGCCUGGAAUGCUCUGGUUUAUGCCCAUCUAAAUUUUUAUUGUCUUUUUUCACUGUUUUUCUUGUUUCAGCUGAUUGAAGUACAACGCAGUCAGUUUCAGAGUCAAGAAGAUUUGAGACAGCAGAUUAAAAUGGCUUCGUUUAUUGCCGGCCUCCAAGGAAAACAGGUUGUGCUGUUUGUCCCCGAGGGCGUUAAUGACAAAUCAAUGCAGGACAUCUGUUCCCUGAUGGCUGAAGGUAAAUCUUAGCAGUGUGUGAAACAAGCUCUCACGCCCCACAUCUGCAGAGUCAGUAGCCGAUAGGAGGGCACGAAAAUCUUGCCUUGUUAAGUUCAAAUCGCUUUUCGAGCUUGGGUUAAAGAAAAACGUGAUCACAUGCCUGCCUGUAAUCUCGUCUAUUUUUUCUUUCCUUUUUUCUGUCAUCUUACAUUUCCCUUUUUGCCAAUUAUUCAGGUACUUGUCCUGGCCUCUACACUUCAAACGAACUGUUUAUGAUCUCAAAUCAGCUUCUACCUGGUGGAACACGUGGCGCCCGUCGAGUAGAAAACCAAGACAUAGCCCAGGAACGAUACUUUCGCCGUAUUAAAUCGAACUUACACGUUGUGGUGUGUCUUAAGUACACACCGCUCAGCUUAUCUACCGCCCCUGAAGAGAACCAAUUGUACAGGUUUCCAGUUUUAGUUACAAGAAGCUGUUGUGUUGAUAUCUAUCGCGCCUGGCCCCAUAAUGCGUUAGUCAGUGUUGCAGAAAAGCUUUUGGAAGAAGGAGAAAAUGUACUUAGUCUUGUGCCACUAAAGAGACGAGAAAGACACUCGCAGUCGGCGGCGGUUUGUUCGAUAAUGGCUCACGUUCAUUUGUCGUCUCGAAGCAUGGUGGAGAAGAUUUACGGAGUAAGAGCGUUGAAGUUUUAUUCUCCUGACACUUACCUGGAUUUUGUGGAUCUUUUUAGGAAUAUCUGUGAGCGCUUAUGUGUAAAAGAGAAGGUACGUGUAUUUCUCUUAUUUUGCCGUUCUACUCGCCACAUGUACCAGCAUAAGGCUCUUGGGCUUGCGUCCAACCUGCAGUUGGCCCCGAAGUCUCGUCUGCUUAUGCUUGCAUCGUAACCGUUCAAAUGAAGUUAAAUUGCAACUUAUCCCCUACAGGAAGAAGUGACCCACCUUGAGAAAGCGAUCAAAAGAAUAGACGAGGCUACCAACAGCCUUAACAAGAUGCAGCGCGAGCUGGAUCAGCUGGCACCAGUAUUUGAAGCGUCUAAGACAGAUGUGCAGCUACGACAAGAGGCAGUGGAAGCCUGCCAGAAGGAGUAUGCUGCGGCAAAGGAAACGUGUAAGAAGCAGGAACAAGAUAUCGAAUUCAUGCAGGGCCCCAUUGAGAUACUGAAAAGAGAGGCUCAGGCUGAAUUUGAGAAGGUUAGCAAUCUUCACUUUUAUUCUUGACUUGUAGAAUUCUUACAUGAGCUGCCUGCUUCUACCCUUGGCAAAAUAAGCCAAGAAUUAGGAACGACUGCUUGUCCAUUGCUGAAGAUGAAACCUUAGUCUUUUGGCUUCCUUGUUUCGGUCAAACCUGGACUCUACUAUGGGCCCUAACGUCACCCAAGGAGACCCACACACCACUUCUCAGACUUCACGCGGGCAAUUGGGCAAGAGAGAACGCCUGUGCACUGGUUUUAAAAACCGACUAUAGAACAGUUGUCGUUGAUUAAAGUAGACAUUAUAUUAGGGGUAAGAUGCCUGUUUAUUGGGAAAGCCCUGCUCUGGGGGCGAGGGGAACAAACUUCGGACAGUCGUUACUCGAAAGUUAGCCCUCGUUUAUUUGUUGCAAAUGAAUCUUUGGAUAAGUGACCGCCGACUGCAGAGGUCACGUGUGGUGGUUCAGUGUUCCAAGCGUCACUUGAACAUCAUUCUACCAGCUACAGUGAAACCCUGAUACGGCGAAGGGCCAAGGAACUAGCGAAAUAUGAUUUUUUUCAAUGUUCUACUAUUUUCGGGACGAACAAUGUAGCUCGUUAUACAGAAUUUGUAGUGUACUGCUGUUUUGACCUGUCAAACUACUUGUUCUUUAUUACUGGUUUAGGUGAAUCCUCUUUUUGAUGCAGCCUGGAGAGCCAUUGAUUCGUUGAAUAUUUAUGAUGUUGAGGAGAUUCGAAGUUACCGGACCCCACCAGAGCUUGUCACUCUAGUGGUGGAUGCAAUAUGUCUCUUGUUUAAAAAAGAACAAACGUAUGUAUUGAACGCUGGAAUGUUCACUUAAGUAAAGGCAAGAGAGUAGAAAACCUCUUUAUCGCCUUCCAGAGGGAUCAUUUUAUUUUGCUCGAGACGAUACUUUUACUCUACUCUAAUAUCUUCUCAAAGACUUAUGUUAGAUCAAGAGCAAUAAAUACGACAUUGAUAACACAUAAAAGGUUUGAUCAUGAAACGAUAAACAUCCCAUAUUGUGCUCCUCCGCUCGUCUUCCACUUACCAGUUAAGCGUAAUGUUGGUUUAUAAUCAAGAGCUUAAAGCAAUGCUGUUCAGCUUCAAAAAACAAUGGCAUAAUCCGUUUGUUUUGCUCAAGUAUUCCUUUUUUCGGAGGAGGAGCACGACAAAAAUAAUAUAACGGUAUACGUUUAGCUCCUACCAACCAACUCAGACUAAUUUAUUUCCGUUCUAUUUCUGUUUUAGGUGGGAAGAAGGUAAACUUCUUCUCAACCGAAGUAACUUCUUCAAAGACCUUGAAUUCUACGACAUGAAAAGCAUGCCAGACUCUAUUUUCCGUGGACUGAAUCUGUUUUAUAACAAUCCAAAGUUCCGGCCGGAGAUAGUUCAGGAAGGCAGUAUGGCGGCCAAGUCUCUGUGCAUGUGGGUACGGGCCGUGUAUGAGUUCUGUUUGGUGUACAGAGCUUUGGAACCUAAACGUCAGCAACUGGCAAGAGCUGAACAGGAACUUGAAAAGGUGAAAGAAGAGUUUAAGAGUUACGUUUACGCCAAACGGGAAACGUGAAUUUGAAUCACGUCACCAAGUUUCUCCUUAAUUGACGUGUACUGUCUAUUGCUUUACGCAAAAAUAAGUAGUUUCACGCCGAUUUUAUCCAUAAGAAUUGUUCGGGCAGUUUAUAUCUGCUUAUUUUCUAUUCUGAGAAAUUCUCAGCUAGAAUCUGACGUUUGCCGUUUGUCGUAAACGUGACUCUCCAUCUCCAUAAAAACUACUUUUAAAUACCCAGCGGGAGCCACCACAUAGGAGAGAGCAUUCUUUCUGUUCGUGCAUAAUGCAAAUCUGUUGCUGUCAAUCUUUCUACCAUCCUCAGCCUGCUAAUCAGUGUAUCUCUCUCUUUAGUUGUUUUGUCUUGUGUCUGUUUUUGCGUCCGUCUGUUGGGCGGCGAUCAAUUUUACCUUGAAUAAUUUGGAGGGUAAAUGAAAUAACAUGCCUUAUUUCUCUUUACAGGCAAAGUCCAUCCUGGGAGAAAUGCGAGUAAAAUGCAAUGCUAUCAAGCAGGAAUUGGAGUCCAAUAUUCAAUUGUACAAAGACAGCGUCAAGCACUCCAGAACAGUUGAAAAACAGAUCCAAGUAAGCCGAUACUUUUGCCUUUAUUACUGAUUGAUUUUAAUUGAUAGCAUACAGCGGAAUAAACAGUAUGCCAUUGAAAGAACUCCUCACGAAUUUUUUUUAACAUACUUCCAGAUGGAUUGCACCCGCCAUAGACUCAAACGUGUAAACCCCUGCAGGGUGCAAAGAAAGUCAGUUUUACACCUUGCCAUUCGGGCAAGCUGUAGCUAGCACGUACUAGCCCAAACGUUAUUUCAACUAGCCCGAAAAAAAAUUUGAUGAGCAUUGGUUACAGUUCUUCUGUAAUUUGAAUUCCCCCAAAAAACUUCAUUUGCCCAUCGGGCUAGUUAAGAAAAGAAAUCACUAGCCCAGUGGCAAAAUGCACUAACCCCGGACUAUCGGACGCUACUUUCUUUGCACCCUGCCCCUAUCAUCAUCGUCGUUAUAUAUUAUCACACGGAAAUUACUGCUUUGUCUCUUUCCUUUGAAAUAAGUAUAACCGUAAAAACUUGCAGAUAUUAGAAACGCCUUGUCACGGUACUUACUUUACCGCGAGGAUUUGCAAGUCAUUAGCUUUGAACAACAACUAUGUAAGGUUAGAUUUGUUCAAUGUACAACCUAAUACAUCAUGCUGUAGUUCUCGAAGGAGUUGCUGCGGUAGCAACAUUUCUAUCGUCUACACUAUGAGUUGUAAGUUUUGUGAUUCACGCUGGCAUUUUUCCACAGAGCAUAGAAGCUGUGAAGGCCAAAGGAGCUGCUUUGGUUGACAGUUUGUUCACCUACUCUGACCUGUGGCACAGCCGCCGGUCAAGCGCCCAACAGCGUCUCCUCACAGCACCAGGUGACGCGCUGGUCACAGCUGCUGCUGUUUGUUACUUGGGUCCGCUUGCACCCGCCGCCCGCGAGCAUCUCUUUUCUGAUUGGCUGCAAGUGUGUGAUGGCACUUCCCGAGAUACCAAGGAGCGGCUUCUCAGUUUAUCUUCAAUGGUACUUGAUGAUGUACGAAAUAAGACUUCUGUUGAUGAUAACUGUACAGGUAAUAAGAAUGGACCCACGGUUGAAUGGAUCAACGUACCCUCUAAGAGCAUUAUAUACUGUGGCCUUGCAAGACAUACUUACGACGUAAGCAUGAAAGCAAGGCAUGAGGGCCACAUCGCAAUUUAAUUGUAUAAAAUGGCAGAAGCGCACCCUGCAGCUACGACAAAGAAUAGUUCUCACAAAUGCUGCGCUGCUGUGCUUUGUAAUAAUCGUCCCUAUUAUAGGAAAGACUUGACGUUUCAUUGUUUCCGAACGAUCCUUGUCGAAGGUUAGUUUCUCCACUGUCCACUUUCCAACGCACGUUCAUUUACUAUAACUGCUCCAGGAAUAUCUUUUACGGUUAAUUUCUAAUCUUAAAAUAAUCACAAUCGUUCUUGUUUUCGCCGCCCUAUUUACUUUUUUCAAAGAUUGCGGGAAAUCUGGUGGCCCUUAGGCCCGGCUUUCAUGCUUACGUUGUAGGUGUGUAUUAACGUGCAUCGAAUUUAAAGUUUACCCUUUAAGCCCCGUUUUCCAGAUACAAAUUCUCCAAGCUGAUCUUAAUAGUUUUCCCUAUAGAAUAAGUUGAGAGAACUUUUUGGAAGAUCAAAACAUUUUCCGAAGGCUGAUCACUUUAUUAAUUCUCACAAAAUUUUAUCUGGAUCUGAUCAUCAGGAGAAAAAUGAUUUUGGUCAGUCUUGGGACUUAACCUAUUAAGCCCCAAUAUCCGCAUACAAACUCUCCACAAUGAUCUCCAUACAUUUCUUGAAAAUUUGACAGAUGAUCAAAUCAUUUUACCUUUACUGACCAUAUUAAUAAUUCUCAUAACCCAGUCUCUUGAUGGUGUAUAGAUGUUGUUAGGAGAAAAUUGAUGUUGGUCACUCCUGAGUCUUGGGUCUUAAAUGGUUAAAAUCCUUUACCAAUCAAUAGUGGCAGGCCAAAUUGCUAUGUACAAGCAGGGUGGAAGAAACUGGGGUCUACCUUGAACGUCUUCAUUGAACCGGGGAAGUGUACGUUCGCAGUUUACCCUUUUGUCUUUUCUUUAAUUUUGCUACAUGUGUUAUUUAGUUCACAAAACUCACGACACUACUAACGGCGCAAACAAUUUUUUACAGGUAGAGAAUCUCGCCCCACAACACAAUCAACACUUGCAUCAACCCUCGCCACCGGCAAUUUACCACUUCGCAAAGACGUGUCUUUACAGACGAUACUAUCUUCUCCCAACGAGGUGGAUGAGUGGAGGCGAAAUGACUUACCAACUGACAAACAUGCUUUACAAAAUGUGUUGAUUCUGCGGAGCUGUGGCGAUGAUCGAUCAAGAGCGUGGCCUUUGUUGAUUGAUCCACAUAACCAGGCCGAGUUAUGGAUAAGAGCUCUUCACGAAGGUGAAGCCUUUUGUUAUCAUCAUCAUCAUCAUCAUCAUCAUCAUCAACAGCAACAACGACAUCAUUUCUCUGUCAGUACCGCCUUACUCCAUGUUCAUUAAUGUCUUUUUUUGUUGUUGUUUUUAUUUCCUCUAGAUGAUGCCUUGGGGAACCAGAGCCGUCCUGGGACUCGAUUGUCAGACCGGUCAUCCACGCGGCAGUCCAGACGAUCAUCCAUUGAGUCUGACCCAGCUGCUCUGGAUUAUACUCAUCUUGAGCAAUCAGGAGCAGACGAAUAUGAAGCUGAUGCACAGUUCUCUGAUAAUGAAGUGGACCAAUUCCUACAGUCGCUGAAGGAAUCGGGUAAACUAUCAGUCAACAUAUCUUCGAGAAAACCCAGCGUACUUGUUUAGCUUUCGUUUUUGUUGCUGUUUUUGUUUUUGCGACUACUUAAGGAGAUGGCGUGUCCGAGCGGCUAGAGGCCUGGGCUUUUAAUCCAGGGGCCGCGAGUUCUAGGCCAGCCCUGACCGCUUGCUGGAUUUGUUCACGGUGUAAAAUAGCCAACUGGUUCACCUCCUAUCACUUGGGAUUCUUAACUAUGUUGUUUUCCAUUUGAGUGAUUACUUGUUUCAUUAUCCCUUGGGGAAAGGAUAAUUAAGUUUAAGUGUUAUAGAUAUUUUGACUGGACUAACUGAUGUUGUCGUCAUUGCAAUCAGGUGACCAAGAUUCUAUCUUCCAAGAAUCAGAGGCUGCAGUCACUUCUCGGACCGAGCGGACAGCAGGAAGCGGUCUGAACAGCGGUCUGACCAUGACGAGUGAAAGGAUGCUUACAGAUAAACUCGCAGAAACCAUGGGUAUCCAGGUACGUAUUAAGAAAUGUCUGGGCUUGCCAAUUGUUUUGAACAAAUCCAAUUUCCAGUUCCUGAUUAUUGAAAGUGUUUGUUAUACAUGAUAACUUGAAACCUUCAUAGAAAUAUAGGUCGUUGUGAUACGGUUGAAAUAUGAAUUUCGUCUGACCUCAGACGUCCACCUUUCGGAAAUGGUCUACUGGUUAGUCUACUCGUACCAUUUCGGAUUCUUCAUUUUUCUGUGUUCCAGUUUAUCCAUAUUGUAAUUUAUCUUUCUCUUUAUUUGUAGAUGGAGAACUCGCCUCAGCCGGUGCCUAGUGGACCCACACCAGUUCUAAAUCUCAGUGGAGGUGACAUUCUUAUCGUGCCAGUGGAUGAUCCAGAACUAAGUAAAUAUUAUUUCCUUGUUAUUGCCGGCUGUAUCUCCUUUGCUGCGGAAGGACAGGGGCGGGGAUGCCCGGGAGAUUAGGGGGUCGGAGGGAUACGGGACGCGUGGAUGGAAAGGGUGGGAAGGAGUGCCAAAAGAGCGAAAAAAAUAGGGGAAUUUACGCGAAAAUGCUUAAUAUUCCGCAACCGAAAAAGGGCUAAAGGGAGGAAGCCAAAGAAAAAGAGAUGGGAGCUGGGAAUGAAAGGUACGGGAGGCGGGCGUUUUGGAUUCCCCCCGCCCUCCCCGAUAGUGAGGUAGAUCGUAGAGUACAGGAUUCGUCUCGGUUUCCUCAUUAUGUGAGAGUUAAACUAUGAAAUUUCAUGUGCUCACAAAUACUUUCUUGGAUUAAAUUCCCUCACCAUCCCUUGCUGAAGGUUUUAAAGAUCCUAAAGCCUGAAUACUGUCACCUGUCUUAAAUAUUUUCCAGGGCCUUGCCUAACCGUAUCAAAUAUCUAUUUUUGUAAUUCCUCCAGUUGAAAAACUCCGAGCAGCCGUCAGACGAGGCCUGGUGACGCUGGUGACACAUGUGGAGAGAAGACGCUGGAGUAAAUCAUUAGAACUGCUACUUAUGCGACAAACCUUUACCAACACUGAGGGAGUACUGCAAGUAAUCAUAGGCAAGACUGCUGUGGAUUAUAACCCUUCAUUUAGGUUGUACCUCAGCUCUUCUCAGCCUUUGUUCAUGACUGGUGAGGGACUAUACCCACUGCCUUUCUCGAAGGUCUGUACCAUCAGUAUGGCUGUCAGCCGAGAAGGGAUCUGUGAUAUGCUGUUAGCGGAUACAUUACGUCUUGAGAGGCCUGAGUUUGAAGGACAGCUGAGAUCGGUGGAAAGGGACGUUGGUCUCCAUAAGCAGCAGAUAUUCCAUGCUAAGGUAACUCUUUCCUAUUCAUGAUUCAUCGGGCAUCAGCUUUGCAAUGUGGCUUAAACCUCCGAGCUAAGCUUGAGGCUCUUUAAACGUCAGACAUUGGCCUCCCAAAAAAAAGAAACCGCAAAUUAACCUGACAAUCUGCCACUAAUCAUCACUUAUCAUUAGUUUUGUUGGCUUUUGAAAGUAAGGCAAUGAAAUUCGUAGUUAACAGUAAAAUGGGCUUGUUUGUGUCUUUACCAUUAUGGCUUCAGGCUGGCAAAACGUAACAUAACUUUCGAGAAACAGGCCCCCUGAUCAGUUGAACUACUGGCAAACCCGCUUUACAGACACCCGUUUAGUGUGGACACCUCAUUAUUAUGAACAGUUCGCUUUGUCCCUUUCGGGGUAAAGCCCUCACAUUUUCUCUAAAUUGAACCCGCUUAAUACGGACACCCCGUUAAUACGGACACUUUCUGUGCCCCCCUCAGUGUCCGUAUUAACAGGGUGUAACUGUACUUGAUUUUGCUUAUUGUGAGUAGUUUAACGCUUUAAACCCUAAGCUCAAAAUUUGAAUUCUCAUUUGUAGUCCCUAUUCAUUUCCUACAGAAGUAGUGGGGAGAAGUCGAUAAAAUGUCAGGCAAAUUCAUCUUGUGUGAUCAUGUCCGUAAUUCUUAUGAUCACUUUGUUUUACAAAGCAUUGAUAUUACAAGGAGAAAAUUGAUGCUGAUCACUCUUAGGGCUUAUAGGUUUAAGCUUCUGUUUUGAUUUGCUUUUGCGACAUUCAACUAAAAUUCAGGCGUUAUAGUUUAUCUUAUUCGCUAAGUGCGUUUCUUACAUUCUUCUAAAGGAGUUUAUCCUGGAGAGAGUUCUUAACCUUGGCGGUCCCCUGUUAAAAGAUUCAGCAAUGCUGGAGUCUGUUAUGCAGAGCAAAGAGGACAUCUGCAUGGCAGAAGAAGGAUGCCAUGAAGCUGAGGUACUGUAGACCUGUUUUUACCUUACUUGCCUAUCAAUUAUGCAAUGUUGGAAUACCUAUUCUAGUUAUUGUCGUUUCUCAGCAAGUUGAUUGUAGAACGUUUUUGUUUAUUGUUCUUGCAGAAAAUGAAACGGGAACUGUUGGCGAAACAAGAUGAUUUUUUGUCCGUAGCUCAGCAUGGGGCCUUGUUAUUUGUGGUGUUAUCUGAACUUCAUAAGUUACAUCCAUAUUACCGCUAUCCACUUGAGUCAUUUUUGAAGCUAUUUCACGUCACCAUAGCUGAGAGGAACCGCGGAAAAAAGAGCAGUGGCUCACCUGCUGCAAGGGCGGCGGAACUUAUCACAGCCUUAUCGAGGAAAGUCUUUGAUAGGACUUCAUGGAGUUUGUUCCAAGGUGAGAACUCUUCUUGUUGAACUCUUUUCUGUGCACCAGAAGAGAGUUCUUUAGUCGACGACGAAAGCACGAUGAGUGUUGGCAUACCUACAUUCUUUGAUUGUGACCCUUAUUUAAAUCUUGAUCGCUGACAUGCUGGGUUUGCCUACAACCAGCUACUGUAGAUUGUAAGAGCCACUGUCCAUGCGUUUAUUGCACACCGAUGCUGUACGUUUAUGUUACGCGCGUAGCCGGGCGCCCUCUUGCCUCCAACUUACAUUUCCUUAUCCCGGAUAUAUUUCAUCCAUUCUUUUUUAUGGACAAAGGCAAAUUAUAGAGUACAAAGCAACGCUUGGCCUUACUGACUUAAAAAGUGUUCUGGACUUCAACUGAGCACACCUCUAGUUAAUCUUGUGUCCCAAGUUGUAAAUAAGCUACCUGUGGCCGGCUUUAGUUCUUCGACACGUUGAUCAAGUAUCCCAGCUUAUCUUAUGAUUAAUAUGACUUGCUGAAGGUAGGUCAGAGAAAGAAAAUAGAAAAGAGAAAUAUGAGAAGUCAGUGGCCACAGACAACUAGGAGUAAGGGUGAGAUUCACUUUAUCUCACUUACCCAUCCAUUUUUUUCCGAUAGCUGACAAUCACUUGUUUCCAUUCUUGCUGGCUGUGGAAAAGAUGAUGAACAAAGGGAUUGUAACUCGUGAAGAAUGGCAGAUAUUCACGCGGAUGUCCAUUGAAGCUCAAGUAGAUUCCAAUGCAAGCAAUAUUGAUUCUAGUGCUGCCAAUACUGAUCAGUAUGGAUAUGACAAUAUUCAGAAGCCACCUUGGGUGUCAGAUCAGGCUUGGGAUUGUAUUGAUGAGUUGGAGGUGCUUCCUGCCUUCAGUGGUCUUAAACAGUCUGUAGCUAAACACUCAGAACAGUGGCGAGAGUAUUUUAAUGUAAGUUCUUUUGACUGUAACUGGGCAUUUACUUUCACAUGGUGAAAACGUCGGGUCGUUCAUUUCCAUAAUUGCCAUUGUAUCGUAAAGUGAAAUCUCUCUAAUCUAGACAAUCUAGACAGACAAUCUAGACAAUCUAGACAGAAAACGGACAGAUCCAACUGUCCGUACUACAGAUGGAAGACGUGCUAUUAUUAUAGAGGUAAGAAAUGCAUGAGGUUUGUUUUAUUCCAGACAAAUAGAAGUGUACCUUAGUGAGAAGUAUCCGUAUUAUGAAGUUGUCCGCUACGACUAAUGCACUGCAUUAUAUUUUUAUAAGCGUUCCGCGACUCGGGAGCAAGCACUCAUAUACUUACUCUGUUUAUAUUCUUUUAUUAUUCCAUGUAGUUGCCCCCAGUCCUCCUCGGCAUCACACCAGGUGGCUACGCUCAUCUCACCGUUUUCCAAAAAGCUUUGUUGUGGAAAACUGUUCAACCAAAUCAGGUAACUUUGUGUAGGUGUCAAAGUUUCAAGGUUGACAGAUGUUGACAUCGAUUAUUUGGCUUUAUAAAAGAACUAAGAUAGUACGCACGUUCUGAUUGGUUAAAAACCUAUGGUUUAUUGUGCCGGUAAACCCAUAGAAAGUGUGGUCUAUUGCUUAGUUACUCUCCUUUAGUAAAUUAGAAAAUCUCUUACUCGGUUUUCGCUUAUCCUUUUCAUGUUGUGUAUUUUGUUGUUAAUCAUUUGAUAUUUGAAACGCGUUUUCUUAAAACGGACUCUAUUUAAUUCCUAUUUCGAUUUUUGUUUUAACUGACACUGAUUCAGAAUGUGAUAAGUUUGCACCCGCUGGAUACGCGACGUAAAAUAUGCACGGCAAGGGGUCGGUGAUGGCGGUGGGGGGGGGGGGGGAAGGGGUAAACAAAGAACAGAUAAGCAGGAAAGCAAAGUUUAACUUAAACAAUAGUGCACUUAAACUAUUUUUCAUUUUUCCAACGCCUCGCAGGUUAUUUUUUUAUAAAAGUUGUGGGCCCCCGCCGCACGGUCCGUUCGUGUAGAUUUUUUAAAGCGGUUCUUUUUUUUUUCUUUUUUUUUUUUUUUUUUUACGCGCACAGAGUCAAAAGGUGGGAAAUGUGGCCCCGCGGGGGAAGGGGGGAAAAAAUGGGGGGGGGGGGGGGGGGGGGGGGGGGGGGGGGGGGGGGGGGGAACGGGUGAAUACAAGAACAUGAAGUAAGUCAGCAAAGUUUAAGCUAAUCAGAUGUUGACUUCUACUUUGUUUUAGUUGUUCCACGUUUGUCAGGAUAUUGUGUUAUAUCAGAUGGGUGCCGCCAUGACUCAGUCCGUUGGAUAUGACUUACAGCUGGUUUACCCGGUCACAAGUCGGUCCAGACCUGUAUUAUUUCUCCUGCCUUCACAGAGAAUUCUUAGCCAAGGAGAGUCAAACGUAUUUAAAGGUAAAUCUUUCUAAAAGACGGCAGCCUUAAAAAAAUCUAAAUGUAAUGUACAGUCGAACCUCUCCUUAGGCCCUGUUGAUAUUUAUGUUUAUAUUAUUGCCAUGUAGAAGGGUCACUUACAUGCCCAAGCUACCCUGGGGCCAGCCACCUUUUCUUAGUAAAUUUCCUUACAAAAGUUGGCAAACGUUUUACAUAAGAAACAAAACGUUGGCUCGUCUAGAAGCCAAGUCAUUCUCCUGGCCGGACAAACGUUUAUCCUUACAGCCCAGCUAGGUUAACUCGGUCAAGGCGAGACAAUCAGAGCAUGCGUGAGCGCUGUCAACUCUUCACUCGGGUGAAGGGGUAAACCUUGCUUUCAAAAUUGACUCGGAUGGGAGGGGAGGGUAGUCCUCUUUCCCGGGACAACUUUUCUGCAUAUUGAAACGAGGCCCUACUGACACGUCCACAGCAAGAUGAACACCUCUGUUGCUCCGCUGGAAGAAAAUUAUAUUUCUCUUGUUAACUUGGAUAUGAUCCCUAUGAAUUCAACGCGAGGAUAGGGUUCACCUACAUUUGAUAAAGUGAGUUGAUAGGAAUAUUCGCGAUAAAGACUGAAAGAACGCAAAUACACUUUUAGAGCGACGUUCUCGUUGCCGUCGCUUCGUUGGAUCCUAAAGUCCCUUAUAUAAGUAACAAUCUACACUCGUCCAUUCUGGUUUCCCGUUUGUACGUUUUACUAAAUUUAGACUUGUGUCUUGUAGACCCAGUGACGGAUGUUAUCAACCUGGCUCGUUCGCAUAAUAAGAUAGAAUCUCUGGUUAAAGUAACUUUUGGUGAAACUGAUGAUAUGGACAGAGCUUUAGCAGCUGUAACGCAGGGCAUGAUAACAGGAUGUUGGGUAAUACUGGAGAACUGCCACUUGGCAGCAAGAUGGUCAGAAGAAUUCUUUCACCAGCUAGAGGUAGAACUGGGGUCUAAAUGCGUCCCGUACUUCUUUCUGGGAUCGUUACUGGGGACACCCUGGUCAACUAUUGGCCAAUUUUUUUCCUGUCUCUUGUAGCAGUCCCAGAAGUCUUUGCGAACGCUAACUCGUAUUUUUCGCAGUUUCCCUCUCGUUUAAAGUGGCGAAUGAUGUAAAAGAUGAGUUCUCUUUUGGUCGUAGAAAAAACGGGAAUGCUGUUAAGAGCUACCUUGAAUUGUUUUAAAAUAAAUUAACUGUACCGGGCACUUUAACUGUUACCUGUUGUCGGACUUGACCGAGCUGGCUUUUAACAGUCGACAUAAAAAAAGAAACAACAACAACAACAGUUUAUUCAGUUGUCAAAUGAGUUAGGUCUAUGUUACCCGCAAUUAGCGGAGCUAUUCUAGGUGGGCAACAACACAAUAAUUGUCUUCUAUAAAGUCGGCAAAAUAACGUAAGUAAAGAGAAAGCAAAAAUAAAAUGUAAUAAAUGAAUAAAUAAAAAAUAAAAGGUAGCUUUGAGCACUUUAAUGCAUAGUGUGUGUACACAGUUGUAACUUUGAAUGCCUUUUCUUCAACAGACAAUUGUAAACAUGCCAGAGAUAAUCACUGAGAAUGAAACAGAAAGACAGUUUACCGGAAGUAGCUCCGAGGAAAAAUCGGAAAUGACGGCAGAAGUAGAAACGAUGCUUGUCCACCCUGACUUCCGGUUGUGGCUCACCACUCGACCGGAUGUCGGAUUGGUAUUACCCGCAGUUGUUAUUCACUCCGGUAUUAAACUGGCUUGUGAGGCACAGGAGAAUUUAAGCGACUCUGUACGAACUAAUUGUCAAGUAGCCCUCGGGUCAAUGAACAAAUGUACUCCUAUUUGGGGACCUGCUGCAGAAAAGUCUGUUUUCAAGGUAAAUGUGCUAACCUCAUAAGGUCCAUAGAUUCUUAUUUUUAAGAUGUUGAUGUAGGUACAUACUUCCACUACUUUAGCAUUCUUCUACAGCGUAAAUUUCCCAGUUGGUGGAGGUGGCUAAGCACAUGAAAACGGUCAAACGGGGAGGGGGGGGGGUGGGAAGAGAAGCCUUGUUUGGAGUGGCAGGAGGGAGCUCCGCAUGAUAGGGGCGCUUUCUGUGGCAAGGAAAUGAUGGGCGGAAGAUGUUAGGGGUUGAGAUGUAAGCAAACGAAAUGCGUCGUAAACGUGCUGAAAUGAUUGUUUCCGUUCCACUUAACUACAGAUCAACGUAGUUUUUGCCCGAAAUUCUAGAUAUUUGGACAGAUUCCGUUUACUCAUAUUUACCACCUUAUAGACUCCUUGCAGUCCGCCUUUUCUCUUAAAAUCCGUCUAGUUCUUAUCCCUUAAAGUUGACGCAACUUGUGUUUGUAAAACUUGAUUAAAAGCCUUAAAGGUUGCAUAAAAUUGUUGAACAGUAGGAUUUUUGAUUGUAGCUCUGUAGGACACAUAUCCUUUCCUCUUUACUUGUAGAGUGAACUUAACCCCUACACGAUCUUCAAGUUGGCAUAUCUUCAUGUUUCUCUACUCCAACGUCGAAAAUAUGGAGAGGGUGCAUUUAGCUGCCCAUAUCAAUGGUAAGUUUGACAAUAUAUUAAGCUAUAACACGACGCAGGUUUAAUUACAGUUUGCGCCACAAACUACGUCUGAGGAACUCGUGCAGAUAUUUCAUACUGAUGACCUGUCACUACCCAAAACGAUUUGGGUAGUGCUUCUGAAUGGGUGAAGCAAAUUUCCCUCGCCGCACGACCAAUCAGAAGCACCACCCAGAUCUAGGUGGUGACACAUCAGCAGUAUGGAAUUUUAUUCCUCAUUUCGCGGGGAAACCACGAAAUGUGGGCUGUUUUUUCACCCCACAGUACCCAGAAACGUACACUUUUACUUCAUCUUUUGUGUAAAUAAUCGACAAAGCUAGUACCAUGACGUGGAUAUUCUUGGUAUAAUUGUCUUACUGAAGCUUUAAGUUAAUAAGGUUUCUGUCUUCUUAAAGGCUUCAAGCGGAUUUGCUAGCUGGUCUACAAGCCUUACGUCACACUUCUCGUGCUUGUAAUUCUUCUUUAUCUCUCGCUGCUGUGGAAGUCAUGUUGGGUCAUGUCACGUACGGUGGUCACGUGACUAAUGGCUUGGACUUGAACGCUGUGAAAUCUAUGGCGAGAUGGGACGCAACUGUACAAUCAAGACCGGUCAGUUUCUACAUUUUUUUUGUUUUGUUUGCUGUUUUCCUAGAUUUAAUCAUAUUUCUGUUCAUAUUAGAAUUCUCUUGAUAACCGAAGCUUUGAGUGUGGUGAAUUUUGUUAUCUUACGAACGCUUCUUCUUCGUCCUUUUGUAGGAUCAAACUAAGGAUGUUCUAGAAUACAAAUAUCUUGACAUCUACAUCGACAGCUUACCAGACACUAUAUCAUGUCAGGAGCUGGGACUUACUGAGGCUUCGUCCUCUACUUAUCAGGGUAAACUCAGCAGGUAUGUUUUGUACUUCUGCAGCCUAAAAGAUGAUCAAUGGAAUGAUAUAUCUAGAGAGAAGAACUCAGAAAUCCAGAAACAAAAAGGGUUAUUUUAUAACUGACUGACAGUCGUACUGUGGCAAGUAUUAUUUUGGACUGUGAUCGAAAAAGUGUGAAGCGCCGAAUUUAUUAUGGCAUGCGUCCUCUUCUGUUAAGAGCGCUUGGAAAAUCGGUCCAAACGUCCAAACUCAGAUUCUUCUUUUUCCUAACGUGGAACGCUUUGAGACAACAGAUCCUGCCCAACAAUCCCUUACUACUCCUUAAAGAAUGUUUUUUUUUCUCUCAUUUCAGUGCCGUUGUGGAUUGUUUAGCUCUUUGCACAGGACUUCAGCCUCCACUGCUGUCAAUGGACAAUGAAGUUAAGUUGAUUGCGAAAAAAACAGUCAAUCAAAUCUCCACAAUAAUCGAGUCUGUUAAGUCACAUGACCUUGCACACGAAGCUCCCACAAGUGUUACGUCAUUUAUUCAGAGAGAACUUGCCUUCUUCAAAACUCUAUUGGAGGAAGCCAGGCAGAGUCUCGAACUUCUCAUCAAAGCUUGCUGUGGUCUCAUUGCGUUUACACCGGGUCUUUUUAAACUAGCUUUGUCGCUUGGGCACCGUUGGACCCCUUUAAAAUGGCUAAGUAACCCAGGAACGGACGUUAGUCUAGCUGCUUGGAUGGUGAAUAUUUCAAAGCAAGUGAAAAAGCUCGGUGAAUACUUACUUUCGUCACCUGUGCAUCCACCAUCGUUUUGUCUGGGCGCGUUUGCUCAUCCUCAAGCUUUCUUAGCUUGCGUUCUAAUGGACCAUGCUCGAUCAGCCAUGAAGUCUGUCUACGCUCUAGAGUUUUCGGUCGAGGUAAGCACUUGUCUCUUGUUUCUCUAUGAAUUAGACAGAGGCAGCGUGGCCGGGCGGUUUGGAGCGUUGGACUUGUUAUUCGGAGGCCCCGAGUUCACGUCCCGCUCUGAACGCUGGCUGGAUUUGUUCUCGUUAGUCCCGAGUUUAAAUCCUCGACCACGCUUGUAAAUAGCAAGCUGGUUUGCCUCCUCCAGUUGGAAUUCUUAACCCUGUUUCAAGUUUGGCGUUUAUGAUAUGUUUCGCGUAUUUUGCUCGACCCCACUAGCAUAAGUGCAUAAAAUACCGCCGAGUGUAAAUAACGGAAUUACUAUUGUUAGUUGUGGGCAACUUAAGUGAAUUAAAGGUUUCUUCGUCUCAGUAUAAACGCCUUUGAAAAGUAUCACUUUUUUAGUAUCCGCUUAUGCACCUCUUAGACAACAGUGGUCUAUUUUCCUCGCAGUUGUUACAGCCAGACACUCUCCCUACCUCUCCACCAAGUCGAGGAGUGUAUCUCAGUAACUUGAAGCUGAAUGGAGCAUCAUGGGAUACAGGCCGUAAUUGCAUCUCUGAACUUCUCGCAAAUGGGUCCUGCGACCUGCCAAUCAUAUGGCUAAAGCCAGUGGAAGUUAUACGGUCACGUGCACCUUCAGCAAAGAUGGAAAGACAAGGCAAUGAUAUUCCCUUGUUUGACUGUCCGCUGCUAACCGGACAAGACUGGGGAACAGAUUUCUCUACUUUAGUUACCAGUCUUCCUCUACCCUCAGUUGUACCUGGAGAGAUUUUAAAGCAACGAAGGGUAUCGAUUGUAUCGAUGUUGUAAUAAAAGGGUGCAUUCUUAUUGCACGUGUUUAUGUUAUAGAGGUUAAACAGAGUACUACUGAAGUGACGUGUUUAACGCUACUGUCAAAGCAAAUUUUAGAAAAAUUGUAUUAUUAG